ACUCCGAUCUUGUACACAAGUCCUGAACCAAAGGUGGGGUUAACAAAGUAUCUGAAGGACUCAAGCUCGAAGUGACCCUUUACAAGUUUAUUUCUGUUUCUUGGUUAUUAAGUACUCAUCUAUAUCAACCCGCACUCACAGUUAUUUAGAUCUGCAACUGGCCAAAGAAUGUUUUAUUAUAGAAUAGUAUCUCUCUGGAGCACUUUGCUGCAAAAUAUCAAGUUGAGUCAAUCAUUAGCGCAAUUUCAGACUAUGAUGAGAAAAAGACUUCUAGUGACUGUAACUGAAUUGAUAAGAUCACAGGACACAGCUAGCAUAAGAACCCAGUAAUAAAUAGUUUAAUCAUUAGGUACGUAAUUGAUCUAACUUCCUGUAUUUUAAUUUUUGCUGUAGACCAUUUUUUGGUUUUGUUAUAUUUCAUGUCAAAUGUUCUAUUCACUGAAAAGCCCUGUGGGGAUGUGAGAUAAAUGUCUGUAUGUAUGAACAGAAAUGACAUUAAGUUACUAGGGAAAACCAAGCCCUGAAAGUGUCUGCCUUAUUUUUUACCCCCACCUAUUGCAAAGUCUGGAUGCAGAGUGCCCUCCACCUUUUCGUUAAGAUCUCUAUCCGCCAUUGAUUAAUAUGUGUGAAUGUUUGAUUUUUAAACAGGGAAUUAUCCAACCUCAUUCUGAGAAGGAGAUUCCCCUGCACAUAACAGCAGAGUGCCUGGAAGAGGUCUCCACUAUGGCCUAUUUCAUGAUAUUUGGAAGCAGUGAUGCUCCUUUGGUUAGUCUAAUGAAUUUAAGUUAACAUUUCCAAAUAUUAGGCCUAGAAAUGUUUUUUCUUUUCAAAAAGGAGGUCUAUCUGAACCUGAAACUGUUUAGUUAGACAAACCAGAAAUGUUGUCAGAUAUACAAAUGUACAUUACCGGUAUGUCGAGUUUUAGUUUCUUUAUUAUGCAAACUGUCAGCUACAGAUUGAUAGCUACUUUCUUUAGUGUUUCUUCUGCGUGGUCAUCUUGUCCAACUGCAGCAGGUUUUGUCAGACAUCAUCUGAUGACCAAGUUUUAUUUGCAAACAGUUAUACAAACAGUCAGCAUAUGAUUUAAUACCCUUUCUUUAAAUUUUCUACGAACUGCUUUGAUUUGUAGAUCAAUUUAAUUUGUACUUUUCCAGCUUAGCCUGUAUAGCCGGCUGGAUCUUUAUCAGAGCAAAGUUUUGGUGGAGGAGAUAUGAAGCUGUGUGGAAAAUUGAAGUCCUCCAAAACUCUCACACAUGCAAAAACAAUUCAGCCAGCUACAUUUACGCAUGCAGGCUACUUCCAGCUUGGCCUCUAAACUCAGUUACCAUUAUUUUGUGUGUCAUUUGCAUUUAAAGUAACCUAAAUGUCACAGUUUGCAAGCUGGUUUCGAAAAUAUUGAACAUGUUUUGAGUUCAGGUUGCCACCUUUAAGUCCAUUUUGAAAUGUGAUUUUUCCCCUUUCUUUGUUAACAGGGAGUUCAGAUCAAUUGUGUUGGUGAGGGACCAGUGAUUCAUGUCAUGCCAAACCUUGUUGAUUAUAGCACCAUCCCUGUCCUAACAGAUGUCUCUAAGGUUGUUAAGCUCUCCAAUGAGUCUCUGAUUCCUGCUCAGUUUUCUUGUACUAUGGUAAGUCAUGUGUUUAUAAGGUUUACUUUAACAAAUGCAUUAAGUUUCCCUUUAGGGUUGGAUAAGAAUUUUAAGUGAAGAAUAUACACAAAAGACUGAUCUUAUUUUUGUGACUUUGUUCUUGUCAGUGCUGCUCUUCCGUUUGUUGGUUUGGUAGACUUACGUCCUUACUAAAGAUUCUUUUUGUGUUGGGCAGUCAGUUUUAACCUUUUGUCAAGGCAAACAUUGUGAUUUCAAGGUGCUGGAGCCUUGAGAGCCCUUCAAUAAAAUAUUAAGGGCUCAUGGUUGCAUUAAUGAAUUGGCAGCCAUUGGAGCAGACCCUGUUUAGGGCCUAGCUUCCAAAAGUGUAAGCUACUGUAGAUAAUAGAGCGGCUGAGCAUCAAGCACUCUUUACAGGCAAAGACGCUAGGGAUGGAUUUAAUAAUAAUUUGAUCAUAUUUGUGUAAAACAUUUUGUGCAAAUGUUCAUUAUUUGUAGACAAUGGAAUUCUUGAACAAACUGCAACCUUUUGUUACCUCAAAGUCAGUCACAGUUUGAAUAUAUUAAGAAAAGAAACUGAAAGUUGUUAAAUGCUGCUUGAUUUGCAGGUUCGACCAAAUUCCUUAUUUUCUGUUGAGCCAAACCAGGGUGUUAUUCCUCCUGAAGAUGCAUUACAGCUAAAGGUUACUGCUAAUGUGGAUGAUACAGUCAAGUAAGAAAAAUGUAUUUCCCUAUUUUACAAAUAAAAUUAAUUUACUACAGUAAGGAAAUUUUAGGAACCCUUUCCGUGUAGUUUAACUGGAAUCUUCAGGUAAGACAAACGGCCUGUAUACUGAACAGGGAAAGAUGAAAAUCAUAAUAAUUAUCAAUUAUUGUGAGAAAGGGAGGAAAAAUUCUUUUUGAUUAGAUAGCAUUUUCAACCACUGAUUUCCCUAGAGACAUUUGGGGCAGUGUGGCACUAUAGCAACUGGGCUAUGGAUGGACUCUUGGUGAUCUAGGCUUCACUGUACGUACACAUAAGCUACUUAUCUGUAUCUACAAAGGUGUUCUGAUCUAUCAGUUACCUUAAGAGUUACAGUAUCUACAUGUAGUGGUUUUCCUGCAACAAGCCUUAUCAUUUUGUCCCUUAGUGGGGAAAUUAGUCAGGUGUGGGUCAUCAUCAACGUUAUUUAUACACGGAAUCUUAUCACAAUAAAAGUGGUCUUCCUAGGAAUCGUGUCUAACUAUCUACAGUCCAUGACAUAUAAUAUUCUACAAUAACAAAAAUAAAAGACACUUAUAUUGUAUUACUUAUAAAGCUAGACUUAACGUAGAUAUAGAAAUUAGAAGAAUGUACUUAUAUACAUAUGAUAAAAGUACGGAUUUUAUCAUAUUCAAAUCUGAAAAAAAAAAAUCUUUUCUUUGUACGUACUUCCUGCAUGUGCCACUCCUUACCCCAAGUAACCUUCUUUACCUCAGAUACAAAGUUCCACCCACCCCGCUGACCAAAAUCCUAGAUUUGCCCCUUAAAACUGUCGUAAUAGUUGUUUCACUCAUUUUAUGCUCAUCUUUUCGUAGGUUUCAAGAUAAGUUAUCUAUUAACAUCACAGACAGUCAGAUCCAGACAGUGAGCCUUAUGGCUUAUGGCUCUGGCACCACAAUAGUGAGUGAUCCCCCCUUAGCACCAGCUGUGAAACUUGGUCCCCAGUUCAGCUGUCAGCCAGUCAGGAGGUCCUUCUGCCUUACCAAUAGUGGGAGGAGACCUCAGCAGAUCUAUUGGACCACUGAAGGUUUUGCUUCUCACAGAACCAAAAAGAAACCCGAGUAUAAUCCAGAUGAUAUGAGAUUCCAGGUAACAGAGCAAUAAGUACAGUGUUUUCGUCAGAACUGACAGGCGAAUAUGCAUGGACUUUCCUGUGCAUACACCUGAAUUGAAUGUCUCAAAAAAGUCAAUUUUACGUUGAACUUUUCAACCGAGGACACUAAGAUAAAAGAUGUGGAUAGAACUGUAAAUUAACUUUUGGUAUUUGUAGUUAACCUGCGCUGACAGCCCAAUUUAAGAAUUAAAUAAACCGCGUCUCGCUAGGCUUUUAAGAAACACUUCUUUUCUAUUCGUACUGUUUAUUGAUAUGUCUGUUUUGCAAAAUAUUUGAUGACAAAAUCUUCAUGUUUUGCUUUGUUGGGCAUUAAUUUACUCCAAAUGUAGCCGGCCUCACAAUAUACCCUGAAUGUGGUUGUCUUUCCUUUUCCUCCAAGGAAAAACAAAUUCCAUUUUUUGGUGAAAACCGAAUUAACCUUAAAAACUCUUCAGCGUUAGUUUGAGGAAAGAUUUCUAAAGGAUAUGGGCUUCAUUUUUUCAAAUAUUUUGAGACAAGCCCUUUCGGGAGGGAAAAGCAAGAAGGAAGAAAUCUCAUACCGACUUUUAAAUCCUGGAGUGAAACCCAAGAGCCUUCACUCUGUCAGUGAAACCCACUUUUUUCCACCUCUCUUACCUUUAAGCGAAUUGUGCUGAUAUAGCUUGAAGUUUAUUUUUUUGGUAUAUUUUUCAUACAGGGCAUCCCCCCACCAGCUGAUCCGCCCAAACCAAUCUUCCAGCUUAUACCUGAUAGAAUGGUGUUACAUCCUGGUGAGAGCCAGAACGUACAACUGGAAGGCUACUCUGAAACGUAAGCAACUCAGCUUGACUCUGUGUGCUAGUGUUCAUAAUGUAUUUAUAGUCACGGGCAUUGGUCAUAUUCUUUAUCAGUGAUUAAUCUGUCCAGUAAUCAGUGAUUAACCUAUAAUGCUCUUCAUCACUUAGUACCUCUUUUUAUACAGGGCCUACUAACAAUGUACUCUCCAACACGCAACCUUAGAUCGUCCGAGAUCGUCCUUGUCAAAUCUACUUGUUACUCCCUCCCUUCUCCAAUUUGAAGACAUAUUGAGACCGUGCGUUUUCGGUCUGUGCUUCCAGACUUUGUCCGUUGAAAUAGAAAACUCUACGUCGGUCGACAUUUUAAAAUAUAUUUUAAAAACGUUUCUUUUUAGUAUGUUCUAUUAAAGCGUCUGUUUUCUUUCGACCAGGCCACAGAAAGUGAAAGAGCGGAUGUUUUGUCAUGCUAUUAUUGGCACCAGCACUGGUAAGGAGCGAAUCAUGAAGGUGGACAUUAGCGCAGAGUUCAUCAGUCCGCUUCUCUCGUUCUCCCAAAGAGAGAUCAACUUCUGUGUCAUGAAGGUGAGUGUGGUUAAAUCUUGAAAAUAUGCAAGUACGGGCUUCCUAGCAAAAAAAGAACUGUCGCUCAAUACAGACAUACGCCCCUGAUGGUAGCUUUUACGCAGGCGCUUUUAGGGGAGUCGUAUUUCCAACCUACCGUACACACAAACGACUGGAAAAUUUCACGACUUUUAUUUUGUCUUUGAGUGCUAACAUUUAUGCAUCGCUAGGACUCUGUUGUUACAAUAAUGGCGUAAUACAAAGACGCAGUCAAUAUGGAACUUGUUACGGUCAUUUCAGUGGCACACAUCCACUACAAAUUAUAUGCGAAAGUCUAUAGUGAUAAGAUAGGCUAUAUUGUUACUAGUAAUGUUAGUUAAGCUUGUAAUUAUUUGACUUGGUAUUGUUUUCGGGUCCAUUAUCGCCGGAACCUUUAAGGAGUGGUAGCAAUAGAGAUCUUUAGAUUCUAAGACGAGAACGAUUACCAGAACGAUAUUUUCUUAAUACUAAGUGGUGCGAGCGCGUGACUCAGAUUCAUUUUGGCGGGAAAACGUGAAAGCCGUCUUCAUUUUUCUACCAAUGUCGUAGUGGUGGUAACAAUUCGUCAAAUGUCGGGAGAGGGCUUAACCUCCUUCAAUAAAAAUAACCGUGCUAGCUUUUCUGGUUAAAAAUAAAAAUUAAAAAAAAAAAAAAAACAAUAAUAAAAAACUGGUACAUUGAAGUUUUGCGUAACGUAUAUUUUUCGAGGAUACGCGAAAUUUAAAUCUUGUGCUUGUAGCCUUCCUUGCCCUCUAGUCUCAAGUAUAACAGCUAAAACUCACAGAAAACUGUUCUAAGUCACCCUGUCUGGGCAGACACAAACUUGUUAAUCGACAUUUCGUGGGAUAGCUUUUUGUCUGCUAACCUAUUCCUGUAUUCAUUGCAGUACCCCGAGAGCACUUUGGAAAUGGAAACCAAGCAAGUGAUGAUGCACAAUGUGUCCUCCCUCCCCCUGUCAGUCAUGUUGAAGGCCACAUAUCCUUUUCAGUUGUUGGUAGAGGAUCCUCGAUGGGCUCCUGUCAAUGUCAAGUCUUCCCAAUCGGUAAAAGCUUUGAAUCCUUCAUUCAAUAUUGAUAAGCUAUAUCAUAGGAACUAGUGUCACAAAAUAGAGGACAGUUGUGAUAGCUAUGGUAUGAGUCAAACAUAUAGGGAAGUCCUAUCUGAAUCUUCCUUUUCAAGUUGUACCCCACGUAUGCAUCAACACAGCCCCUGUCGGGCCUGAUAUGUACUUGUUUUCCCUUACGUAGAAACGGCUAAAUACUCACGCUUCAAGCUCUAAUUAAUUGAUGUUGAGAGGAUUGAAUUACCAAAACCAGACGUAAGAGUCAUGUGUUUUCCCGCGCUUCCGCGCUAGGCAUCGGCUAAUUGUAUAAGCUUCACGCUCUGAUUGGUUUAUGAUCGUUCACGUCUUUUGUGAUUGGCCAGAGUGACCAAAACCAAUCCUGCCAUGCAUGCGUUUUCCCGCGUUAGGUGCCGGCUGGUUAUAUGCUUCACGCUCUGAUUGGUUUAUUAAAUCGUCCGCAUGUUUUAUGAUUGACCAGAGUGACCAAAACUAAAGUCUGCGAUACAGGCGUUUUCGCACUAGGCGACCGCUUUAAAUUGUAUUCUUAAAGCUCGGAUAGGGUAAAUAGGGCAGAUAGAUUGUCUGCAUCUGCUGUGAUUGGUUGGCUUGAACGGUCACUUUUGUUUUUGAGGUUUUCAGUUGUAAAUCAUUGUUUGUGUGUGAGUUCACUCUAAGUAGCCUCAAUUAUGUGUUUGCAGGAAGUAUACCUUGGUGUUGGUGAAAGUAUCCCCGUUUUGAUCCAGUUUGACCCUUCCUACAAAGACGACUUUGUAACUAGAACUGCUGAAAGCCAGCUGGAAGUACUAUUUAAGGAACAUCCCCAGACGGUAAAUAACAUCCUACCUUUGUGUCUUUUAAACAAAUUAUGAAAUCUUGAUGAAAGCUGAAAGAAUCGUGUCAAGGAAAAUUUGGGCGCAAAAGUUGGAAUGAAAGACUAAUGAAAUGGGAUGUAGAUGAUGUAAACUGAGGAAAGACAAAUGUGACUGAAGUUAUGACCAUCCUAGUGGUAAAAAGUUUCAGGACCGAAGAGCUUCAACUUGAAAAAUGGGUUGGAACAUAUGUUCUAGAUCUCCCAAAAAUAGUUUUCUCAUCUUAACAAAAUGUAUUCUUAGUAUUUGAUCUGCCCAAAACGUAUUUAAACCUUCUCUGGAAAUUUGCCUUGCUCAGAUUUUGUGGUUUUGGGAUUUAGAAAUAUGUCGCUUUGCACAAAUGUUGACGAUGAUUUAAUACUUCUGCUCUGUAUAAAGUAACGAGUACAGUGUAGUUAGUUUGGCCAUAAAUUUUAGUUGUUGUAUUGUUAUCAAUAACACUCUUUUUGUCCUUUCUAGGAUUUUGUCAGUCUCAAGGGUGAAGUGUUUUUCCCUAACCUGACCUUUGAGAUGGAAAAGGUAAAAUAUGCCGAUAGUGUUGGGUAUUUAAUUUUGGUACGGUCAACAACUUUGAUCAAAUAUAAUAUACGGAAAUAUAAUAAACUGCUGUGUUUGAUUACUUAUGGAUCUCAAGAGUGGGCAAUUCCUGCUGAUCAUUAUGUUUUUCUCUGGUACGAAAUGAACGACAUUGCCCUUGCUGAUUCUUUCCUUUUCAAAUGCCAAAUACCAAAUAAUUUUGUAUGAAAAUAACGGUUACAACUUUUAUAAUGUACUGAGAAAAGGUCUCGUGCAAUUGUCAACUCAGUACGAAGCGUGGUAUACGAGGAAGUGCUGUCUUUUAAUUUAUCAAACGCGUUUACCACACUGUGUGGUUGGCAUUCGAAACGUUUACCCUGCAGCCAUAUUACUGUUACACUGUUUGCUGUUGUAUUAGACGGCUCUGAGUCUAUGAUGUUCCCUUCAAUUUCAGGUUGACUUCGGUUGCAUACUGAAUGACACUGAAGUGAUGCAAGUUGUCAAGGUUACUAACCACAGUCCAAUGGACGUGAAGUAUCAGUGGAGCUUUAUAGACUCUGCUAUUCAGUUUGAAAACAAAGACGAAGAUGAAGGUUUGUUUACCUCUAUUGGCCGUUUGAGACCUGGGUCCUUGUUGUGUCGAACUGCAUUAUUUAACUGUUUUGGGGCACUAACUUUGGACCCAGUUUCGUGUUCAUCUUUGUGAUAGCCAAUAGGGAGCCUAAGCGACGACAACGGCGACGGCUACGAAAACGUCACUUAAAAUCAUAAGAAGCAUUAUAUUAAACGUUACAAACAGCAAAACUGAACAACAACUGUUAGCCUAACAACACGAUUGCAUCUCAUUUUAAUCCUCUUCAAGUUUGUCCACCUAUACCUCUUUUUGUAUUUGCUGUGUUAUUUAUACCUUAUUUUCAUGUUUUGGGCAGUUUUUUAAUGCUUCACUCAGUUUGGUUUCCACUGUUUGAAUUUUGAUAAAUUUCGUUACACGGCUUCUUUAACUGAGAGCUUUUCUUCGUGCCUGCAGGGAUUGGUGUUGAGGUGGAUGAUGACAGCCAGCCUGAGGAGGAUGCCGAGAAACAGGAUGAAGCUGACAUUAUGGUGAUCGAGGUGCCUGAUCAGGCCCCGCCCGGUUCCCCUUUGCAGGUCGCCAAUGCUCCCUCUAGGUCCUCCCAAGGCAGCAGACCCUCUAGUGCUGGCAAGGAGAAGGAAGAAGGAAGGGGUCCCGGAAAUCAGUUGAUAACACCAUGGGGCCAGACUGAGAUGCAAGUUAAUAUUGGAAUUGAUGAGGUUAGUUUGAAGGGGAAUGAAACAUAGUCAAGCCUUAUGUCAACUUAACUCUCUGACUCUCUUGACUUUGAUAGAAGGCAAAUUCUUUGCUAGAUUGCUUAAAUGAACAAUUACGCGUUCCAGUGAUAGGAAAUGGGAUGAGUGCUCUCGUCCGUCUUGAGUACCUAUAUUAUUAUAGAUUUGAGCGUGUCAACCAUCUCUAGUUUGUAGCUUGAUGGUUUUUGGAUUCUUCAAUUUUCCUCCUAAACAAUUAUUUUUUUGUUUAACAACAGGUUUUUGACAUCCUUCCGUUGUACAGCACGCUGCAUCCACACGAGACACAGAAAAUUCAAUUUACAUUUUAUGGGCAUGCCAACAUUAGUUCCCAGGCUGUCGCACGCUGCUCGGUUUAUGGUGGCCCUGACUAUGACAUUGAGCUGCUUGGUCAGGCCUCUUUGGUGCAGUACUUUUUUGAUCGACAGCUUGUAGAUUAUGGCAAGCAGGUGAGGGCAAAAGCUGCUACUGUUAUUGAAAAAGAGUAGGACUUCUUAAAAUUGUUACUUUCAUCUCGCGGGAAAUGUGAGAAUUUUUUUUUAAUCUUCACCUGUGGAUCCUCUAUCAGUGACCUGUUUCAAUGACUGUUGUUGGCAAAUCCGGCAAUAGCCUGUUCCAGGCGUUCAGAUAGUUGGCAGCGACUCGAAGUUUAGAAAGUGAGAGGACAGAGAGGGGAGACAGGGAAGAGAGGCGUUUUUAUUUUUUCGCGCCCCUUUUUACCUCGAGCCGCUCCUGACUAUCUGAACGCCUUGGACGGGAGGUAAAUAUUGAGCAAUCACUGACAGCGCUACCACGUUGCUAUCAAAACCCUCCACUGAGAGCUUAGACAAUCUCUUAUGUGGUUAAGCAGUGAACGGUAGAAAAAUUGAUAUCCAAGUGAAAUCAAUUGAAUGUCGCCGCGUUAACGAUAUAGUAAGCUAUCAUAAUCUAAACACGAUGAGUAAUGUCUUUUAUUUUAUGGUCAUCAUGUUUUAUGCGUUUUUUCUAAAUAUAUGUAUUCUCUAUUCAGCUGUUUGAUCAAGCAGCAGUCGCGGAGAUUGUUCUCCACAACACUGGCAAAGUGGGCCUGAGUUUUGUGGUCCUUAACGUAGACAGUGGAAACAAGCCCCUCCCUGGAGCCCCGAAUGUAUCUCCUAUUCAAGGGUACAUCAAGGCUCUUAGUCAACAGACUCUUACUAUCAGGUAUCUUCCUGGCGUGCCCGAGAAAUUCGAGAAGACAUUCCAGGUAAGACCUCAUCUGACCUUGCCUUGCUUCCAUUAGGUCAUUAUUUUGGCCGUUUUUCAUGGUUCAAACAAAAAUUAAAGUUUAGUGGUGUCUUCAUCUGGAAAAAAAAAUUAAACCUGAAUCUUAAAAGAGGACUUUGAAAUCUACAGGGACACGUUGAAGCAUGAAACACGUUAUCAAAAAAGUCGCAAUUUAAGCAGUGUUCAAGGCCAAGUCCCUUUAUUUCAAUUAACUCUCUUCAGUUAGCAUGUACAGUGUAUAUAGGGCCUAUAAUUUGACUUCAGCGGGUGAAGAACAGUGCGAUUUCACAGCUGAGAAAUUCAUAGUUGUCGUAUUAAGGAUUCGAAUAUUUUCUAUUACAAUUGAUCUGAAAAGUUCAAGACAUCUUUAGUAAACGUUCCGUCGACUCUUAUUUGUUGUUUGCUUUUCCUUUGCUAGGUGCGAGUGGCUCAUUUUGAACCUGACAAAAUAACGGUGACCGGAGAGGGCGUCUUCCCUCGAGUUAUUUUUGACCUUCCCGCAGACAAAGAGGACUACCGAUAUGAAGAGAUGGCUAAGCAAGCACACCAGAGCCUGGGCCGAGAAAACUCCAACCUGUCAGAUAAGAGUGUUGGCGAUGUUCCCUUCAGAGCUCUUGCAGAUGUAAGUAGUACACCCCCUCAACAAUAUCGAUCGACACUAUCGCCCGAUAAAGACCUGCCGUACGCGGUCGAAACGUCACGCUCAAUAGCCAGGGGUGCGUUCGAUUGGGAAACCUGGAGUUAGAUUUUAAAAUCUGGAUUUCGGGUUUGCAAUCGAACGGAAAUCCGGAAAAGAAUUUCAACGCUGAGAUAUCUGUUCUUGAAUUUCCUUUGUUCUUUUGGGGUAUCCGAAAAAGGAUUUGAAAGACUGUUCUUUAGAACAGCGGUCUUGCACGUGCACGCAUAGUUUGUAAAAAGAAGACCACUGUUCACGAGAAUAGUUUUGCAAAUCCUUUUUCGGAUUUCCCAAUCGAACGGUAAAAAGGAAAUCCAUGAAAUCCGGAUUUGGAUUUCUUAAUUGAAAUCCACCCUGGCGACAGAUUUCUCGGAAGUGAAAUCCAUUUUCGGAGUUCGUGUUCGAUUGCAAAAUCCGAAAUCCGGAUUUCAAAAUCUAAAUCCGAAUUUCCCAAUCGAACGCAACCCAAAUGACUAUCGUGACACAAAUGAUAAACAAAACCCUUUAUACACAUACCAUGGUGAAUAAUAUCUUACAUGACACAUAACCCUUGGUUGAUAACUGUCUGUUCGAUAUAGAAGCAGUAUCAUAAAGGGAAAUUAGAUGUUUGUCUCAAAAGGCUAAGGGUGUCAAGUACCAUGUACUAGUUUUUGUUUUCUUUUUCAGUCUGUUGGUGAUCUCGGAGUUCAGAUGGAGAUGGAAAGACUGUUAGUAAAACAGUUUGCUUUGGAGCAACAGGAGUUAUUUAGGACCACAUCACUAAUCCACACUUCCAGCUCUCACAGAACAGCAGCAAAGAAACAGCGACCAAGGUAAGCUGUGGACUGUGUGCUUCUUGUAGCUUCUUAUUUUUCGUGGCACCUUGUUUCUACCGACAGCGCAGCUCUCCUGCUUAACACUGAUAUGAAGCAUAGGAAAUGUGCAGGCGUACUCUCGUAAAUGUUCGCAUGAGUGGACAGAAAUUCCAGUCCCACAUGUCAGCAAUUCUUUUUACCUGGACUGCUGUAAACUGAUGUGUGUUUCUUGCGGCUUUUUUUUCUUUCAUUUUACCUUGUUUAUACCUACAGCGCAGCUCUCCUGCUGAACACUGAAUUAAAGCACGCAACCUUUGAUUAGUUGUGAUGAAGAAAAAUUUAUCAUCAGUUGAUGAAUGACAAGUGUAGUACCGCGUUCAAGUUAUUUUUACUAUUUGCAAUUUGUACCACUUGUCCAAGCUUUCCCUUUAACUGUCGUUUACUGAUCAUUAUCUUUACAAAAAAAGUAGUAGUCUUAUGUCAAAUCAUCCGCAAAAACUAGUUCGCACAGUUUUAAUAUUUUCCUUUCCUGUUCUGAGAAAUCGUUCACUUGAAUUUGACGUUUGCCGUAAACGUGACUGUAAAUCUCUCGAUUACACUGUAAGUUAAGCAUAAUCAGAAGCAAAUAACCUUGGUUCUGGAAUAAUUCAUGACUCUGUUAUUGGUGAUAACUUUCCACUGUUUUUCUUCAUUAGACCUCAACUAAUCAACUACUUGCUGGACUUUGGGUAUGUUGUCUAUGGCACAGUACGAAGUCAUGUGGUCCGGGUGACCAAUAACGGACACUUCCCAGCCUCCUUUGCUCCUGAAAAGUCAGUCCUCUGGGGCAGCGGAUUUGGAGUAGAACUGGAUCGAGUUCGCAAUCUCCCGGGCGAGCCAGACAAUGAAAGUGUUGAAUUCAUGGUGACCUUUGACCCACGAGUGGCUGGUCUUCCCAUGGGUCCAGUGGAUAUUCACGUGCCCUUUCACGUGCUUAGUGGUCCUUCGUUUGGGCUAAGGAUCAAAGCCGUGGUUACCAUGCCGGAUAUGACGGUGUCUACAGACGCGUUAGACUUUGGUGUGGUGGAGUGUGGAAACAGCAUGGUCAUGACUAUACAACUGCAUAAUAAUCAACAGGUUAGAUGUGACUGGUCAUCGGAGCCUCCGGAAGAGAAGAAGAAAAAGGUGAAUAACUUGUUUUACUCAGUAUUUUCGUCCAAAACAAAUGGUCGUAAAGUGUACACCUAGAGUUGGUCCCUGCCGUUCUUCAAUCAUUUUUGUUGAGUCUCUAUAUGACGGACAUCUCCGGGAAACGGACACCAAGUACUGGUCCAUACCUUGUCCGUUUUAAAGUGAAGUUGACGGAUAGGAGAAUAAUAUACAUUGAAAGGAAUGCUGUAACAGUUCAGGCUUAAAAAGACUUCGGUCCAUUGUUUUUGCAGUGCGAGAACUAUGUAACGAAUAUUAAUAUAAAAAGAUAACAAGAUUUUCUUUGAUUCUUGUGUUACAAUUAAAGACGUUCUAUGAAGUGUUGUAUCAAGCAAUCUAUGUUCGUUGUUUUACGUUGUCUGGGUCAAAUACAACAAUGUCGCAUGUAAAGAGACAUUCUUUAUUAUCUGUGUUGAAUAGUCUGACAAGAUGAUUCCCCUUCAUCUGCGCAAGAAACUACGCACUGAAAAACCCAAACCAAAGUACUUUGAGGUGAUGCCGCCCAUUGGUUCCCUGAUGCCUGGUCAGCGGAUUAAUGUUCAAGUCAAGUUCAUGCCUACUGAAGAGGUGAGAAAUAACAGAUUUUCAAAUAUCUCCAGGUGAAAUUUGAAUCUGCUAGACAGCUGGGAACUGGUUUUGGUUACCUAAUUAACCUCUAGAGAUUGGGUAGGGGUACCCCAUGAAUGUUUCUGUCGGUUGUACUGCGAGACGUUGCAACCCUUGGACUAUACCAGACCAUGUUCAACCGCAGCUUUGUUACCCUAUUUUAAACUAGACACCAAAAAAACCCCACUCUCUCAUAAGAAUUUCCAAUCGCUCACACAGUGAUGGGAAUCUCCCUUGAUGGUUUUGGAAACAAAAAUUGCGUAACACAUCAGGCAAAGGCCUGCGAAGUGCAUAAUAUGGGUCAAUUAAGAAUUAGCCUGCGUAUCAAGCGUUUCCAAUCGAGUUAUUACGCGAAAGUUAGAGCCCGUCAUUAAUUUGUUUUGCUCUUGUCCCAACUUUCUUGACGAACUCGUGGAAACGCUUGCUACGCAGACUAAUUAAAAAUCUUUGCGUUUUUUGAUAUUCUGGACCUGUCCUUUUCUUGACAGAUCUCUUAUAGUCAACGCCUUGUGAUACGGAUUGCUCAGAGUUCCAGUCGUCACGUGAUCAGUGUGAGCGGUCAGGGGAAUGAACCCAAGUUAGAGUUCAGCUCAACUUUGAUUGAGUUUGGCCCAGUCCUUCCUCAUUCAUCCGGAGAUGAGAAGGAAGUGAUUAUUAGAAAUCCUUCUUCGUUUCCAGUAGAAGUAUACUCUCUGGAGUUUGACAAGCAGUAUUUAGAAGAGGAAAAGGUAUACGGGAGUAGUUACUUCAUGCCUGCUUUUCAGUGGGCCAUUUCCGAGUUUGCUGUUUGCCAUAGAAAUGAUUCUAUCGUUGUCGUUAGUUCAAUAACAACACAACAGUUCAAUAACCACAAAUAAUAAUAGCAUUUAUUUAUAAGGUGCAAAUUCAACUAUACAGUUUUCAAAUGCGCCUAGAAACUGUAUAGUUGAAUUUGCGCGGUAUAAAUAAAUGUUAUUAUUAUUUAUGGUUAUUGAACUGUUGUGUAGUUAUUGAACUAAUGAAAAAAAAAAAAACAACAAAAAAAAAAAACACACCACACCAGUAGAAAAAGAAACUUGGGGCAACUCGGAAGUGGCCUGCUCUUCUGAUAGUUGCAUUUUCUUUUGAUGGAAUUGAAACUUCCCCUUCAGCUCAUUUUCUUUAUAGUAUAAAUUAUUUAUAUUAUCAUUAUUUUGAUGAUUAUAAUAAUUAUUUUUUAUGCUGCCUGAAGGGCUAUGAUGAAUUCAAUAAGUAAUUUUGCUCAUAAAUUGACAGUGAGGAGCUAUGAUGAAUUCAACACUAAAUUUGUGCCCAAACAUCGGCCAGUAGACAAGCUUCCCCCUUUGUCCUUUAGUUUCUAAAUAAUUAUGCUAAUGAUCUCAACAAGCACUUUUUAUAAUCAUCUCUAAAUUAAUAAUGAAGGGUUAUGACGAAUAUAACAAUAUUCCUCUGCUCCCACAUCAGCAAUAAGACGAGUUUCCUUCUCUGGUACUAAUCUCUCUAAUUAUGUUUAUUAUCGGAAUAAUUAUGCUAAUUUAAUGUUAAUAUUUAUGCUAUUUAUCUCCAGAUGCUGCGCACAAUGAAGGGCUACGAUGAAUACAACACUAUCCUUCUGCCUCCAAGGAAGCCAGGAGACAAGCUUCCUCAAGAGGUCACCGAUGCCUACAAUGAACAGCAGAGAAAGAAAGAAGCAGAAGAGAAAGAGAAAGCCGAAGCAGCUGCGGCUGCCCAGGGUGAGAAGGUAGCGGAAGAAGCUGGAGAAGGGGCUGCUCCCCCUGUUAUAGCUACGGUACCACCUUCUACUAGAGGGGAAGGAGGCAAGGCUGAAAGUGAUGAGGGUGAUGGAGUUAAGGACGGUGAGAAUAAUAGUGAACUUAAGUUAAUUAUAAAUUUUGUAAAAAAAAAAGACUGCAUAGUGUCAUGGUUGAUUUUCUCCUGAAUUUUUAAAAAAAUCUGUUUACCAAGUCACAAAUGCCUUUAGCUGUUUAAAUAACUAGGUGAUACAGUCCAUUGUUGCUGUUUGUUGUUGUAACCGUAGCUUGUAGGUCCACAAUCGGUCCACAGUGUGAACUGACCUUCGAUGCUUCGGCUAAUCACUUUGAAACUCAUUGGUCAAGUUCUUGCUCUUUGAAGAGAAGAUUUCAAGUUCAUGUCCGAGUGAGGAAGAUCCUCGUUUUGCUUCUUUCUUUUACUCUAGUAUUCAUCAUAAUCAAGAAGGGCCAGGUUGUACCCCUUACGGGACACACUAGUUUAAGAGCAGAGAACAAGUCUUUUAACGUCUCUGUUUCUUAAUCAGUCGAGGCCAUAAUCACUCCCUGGAGUAUAUAUUAUUUUUUUAAAGUCAGUGUGCGUAAGUGCAACGAGUAUAGAGUUUCAUACUACAGGAGAAAACCUGAACAAGGUUUUGUUGCCUUUGCUCGUUGCAGAUAGCAGCAGUCUGGGUGUAGGUGAGCUAGAGAUCACUCCAGUGUCUGCCGCUAUAGCUCGAUAUCUUGGAAUUGACCUGACAGCAGAAGGCAGAGCUGCGCGUAACAGACGCGGUAUUGCAUUAGUGGUGCAUGGUGCACCUCUCUCCGGAAAGACAGCUACUGCUGUGUCACUGGCAAAGAUGUAUGGAGCAGCGCUACUGACUGUUGAUGGAGUGGUUAUGGAAGCCAUAACAAGUGGAAACACUUCUGCUGGUAAGAAUGUGCUCGUAGUAAAAAAAAUCAAAUUAAAAAAUUAAAAAGAUCUGGAAAGUCCAUUUGCAAAAUAAUAAUCCUGUGACUUUCAUUUGAUCCCUUGCUUUCUCCCUACGUAAAAAGUAGAUACCACGAUGUCAAAUGACUUUAAAUGCUGCUGUAUCUUAUAAGACUGGUUUGAAUGUUAUUUUAGCAUGGUCUGAUCUGCCUAGGCAUAUGGUUUUGAGCUGGAAAUGUGAGACAUUUGUUUUCUCUUGGACUGAAUCUUUUUAAGUUGUUUUUUUCGACCCUCGAUGGAGUGACUGAAACCGAUCGGAUGUCUCCUUUGCGAAGCAGCCUGUCACAGGUUAAGAGUGUUUGUCAUUACCUAAUCAGUUAAUGUUCCUUCUUUGUCUCAAAAGCUCAACGAGCCAAGGAGCUGUGUGCAGCAGCCGCCCGAGCAGCCAAAGAAGCCGAGCAAACAGCAGAAAUCCAAAUCACCCAGCCCACAGGAGGACUGAGUGUAGAGGCGGUCACUGCUCUGGGUGCCGCUAGCGGUCCGUCAGCUUCCACUGCCGGGUCGGUUACUGGGGCACAAUCCUUUCUUGGUAAAGACCGCAAGACAUCUACCAUAGCCGGCGGACCCCGUGGGGGAGGUGGUGGUAAGAAUAUCCCUCAACUACAACAGUCACCUCCUGGGACCCCUCCCCAGGCUGCUCCCUUGGGGAGGAAGUUGAGUGUGAGUGCAAGUGUGGCUGGUGAAGAUGGAUUGUACAGCUGUGUUUUGCCAGAGGAUCUCCUUGUUGAACUGCUCGCUGAGAGACUGCAGGUUAGUCUGAGAUCUUGGGCGUAGUGCAUAUAAUGGAUCUUAUUUAGAAAUUAGACAUUUGGAUAAAUUUUAGUGCGAAAUGUGAAUCGCCAAGGUUAGAAAUUAAGUCAGUGCCUGGUUAAUCAGGUUUGAGUUUGGAGUGUCUUCCCCCCCUCCCGCCGGAGUGCCUGCAAGUCGUUGGUACUUUUGACACAGAAGUUUUAUCGUCUCACGUAAGUAACAGUUCAAAAAAUGGCUACACGCUUUACAAUUACACCAUGUUCCAUACGUUUUCUCCCUUAAAUCCAUUUUCUCCAUUAAAAGACAAUGAGGUCUUAUUGUACUCACUUUAUAGUGCUUUACUUGUCACGUCGUAUAAAUUAACGGAUGACGAUGGGGAGACAAGACAAGACAGCUGCGCUUUUUUUCCAUUCCUAGGGAGUUUAUGGUUGUGGGCGUGUGUAAGGUGCUUAUCAGAUGGAUACUUAAGAGAGAGGGAUCCUUGUCCUGUUAUAAUCAUAAUGAUGCACUAAUCUGUUUUUUAGUUGAGUGACUGUCAGAAGGGAAUUGUUUUGGACGGUCUGGAGUCGCUGUUCAGUCCUAACAUGAUGGCCACAGCCAAUGCUAUUCUGAGAGCCUUCAACAAUCGCAAGUACAUCUUCUUUGUGACCCUGAUGCUGGAUCAGGCCAAGCUAAAGGCUGUAGAGGAAAAGAAAAAAGAAGAGCAAGGUGGGUGGUACUGAUAACGGUCAAACCAAAAACGUCUGCCAUGUCUGACGUAUAGCCAGAGUUAAACACACUUGUAAUGCCACAGGAGAGAUGAAUUUACUGUUUUGUGUUACUGUGAUAAAGCAAAAGUUACUGAAAGACGCUAAGACGUGGAUAUAUUUUAACUUUCCUGUUUUAACAUGGGUUUCUUCUUUUUUUCUGUGUGUGAUACUGCUUAACAUGUUUUGUAGUUCUUAGUCCGGUCAAAUAAAUGUUGCAAAAGCGUUGUUAUUGGGUUAUCCAGCGCUGUAUUUACAUUGGAAAUGGAGAUGUCUGAUGACGUGUCAAUGGAAAGGCCCAGGAGAAACAGAAAACAAAAAAGCAAAAGCUGUCACGGUUUUGUUUUAUGAGUCAAGCUUGCUUCAUGCAAAAAUUUUGUAUGUGAAGGGCGCUGGCGUUGAUGCUGUCCAAUCAAUUUUUAUUUCAGCCAAGCUUGAGAAACAAAAGGAAGAAGAAGAAAAACGUCGUCUGGAGGAGAUGUCUGAGGAUGAAUAUGAUGCUCUGACAGAGGAGGAGAAGGCUGAAGUGGACAAGAAACAUUUGGAACAGAAGAAGGAGAGACGCAAGCGAGAACUAGAAAGACAGGAGAGAGAGAAGAAGGAGAAGGAACUCCAGGCUCUUAUGGAGGAGAAGAGACUUGAGGAAGAACGGUAAGAAAUUAAAGUGUGACAAACAUUUCGCAAACCUCGUGGUUUUGCGUCUGAAUUCACAAGCUGUGUUAAGUCAGUUACAAAGAAAGCUUAAAAAACUCAGCCGACCAUAACCUUGGUUUUCCUAGACCAUUGACACCGGUGAAGGUUUUCCCGCCAUUGCGGACAUCGAUGAAGGUUUUCCCGCCAUUAACGCCGGCAUAGGUUUUCCCGCCAUUGACACUGUUGCAGGUUUUCUCGCCAUUAGCACUGGGCGAACAAUUUCGCGCCAUUGGCACCACAUGCUUAUUUUACAUGACUCGCGCGUGACACCCUUUCAAUUGUUUCUCUUUUUGUCAGAAACAAAAAAUGUUGAUGUCCUUGGUGACUAGCAUUUGUCACAUUGUUUUUAUAGCGGUAAUCAAAAAGGGAAACGUCGCGGACCUCAGCAACCUGGAGGGCCUGGUUCCAAGAAAGGUCACGAUCCGAAAGAGAAGAAGCCAGAGAAGAGCUCUGAUAAACUGACUCCAAGCCGCACAACAGGCCUGGCCUCACAGGCGCAGCCCUUCGAUCCACGAACGGGCGCCCCCUCUGUGAUCUCCGAACGUUCCGACAGCAGCGAUGUUACCGACGAGAAGAAACGAUCAAGCAUGGCCAAAGUGCAGAAGCAUCGUCACUCUUCAGCCAUAAUGCACCCGCCAUUGUUGAUUUCUCAAGUGGAGGAGUCUAAACCGCCCACGGAGGAAGAGGAGAGAGAAAAAGAACUCUCGAAAAAGUAAGAAUAGGCAGAUAAAAUGGCGUCAUCUACACUCUCCUUUCCGUUCCAUUAUUAUCAAGUGGUGAUAUUGUUGUAUGUUUUUCUAGCGAUAUUUCUGAUGUUUGACUUUUGCUAGAAAAUUAAGGGUAAGCCUGCGUCGAGGACAAGGAUAGCAGGGGCUGAUUGCCCCUGUGACUACAAGUUGUUGAAGUAGUAUGAAAUCUAGUGCUGUCAGACUAAAUUGCUGUUGAUAACAUGUGUUCUGCUUAGGUGUAAAUUAGUUAUCUCGAUGUUCUUCUUCCUUGGGUUGUGCAAUCGAAAUUUGGGACUUUUCCGAACAUUUUCGCGUAACCUAUCAAUACCGUGCAUAUUAUUCAGGAAUAUACUGAUCGGUUGGGUAGUCCUGAUUAAUAGUGUUAUUCUAUUUACGGUUAGACUGGCCUGACCAGCCAGUUGAAAAAAAAAAAGUGAGUGCCCUAAGUUAAAUUUCUCGUAUUGUCAGGUUUACUACGUUUGAGACCAGCCUCCGUGAUAUCGACAACUUGUUGCAAAACUGGGACCGCACAACUGGAACCGUAGCACGUGCGGAUACCCCGAAGUCUGAAAACUUUGAUGACACUAUUCCAGUUCCUGGUUCAACGAGACGAGCUCGAGAGAAAAAGGACAAAGAGAAGGAACUAAGAGAAAGGGAGAAAGAGAGAGAGAAGGAGAAAGCCAAGGAGGUAGGUGAUAUGUUCGUUUUAGUAAAUGAAAUUUUAAGAACCUCUUACGUAAAGAUAAGGGAGGCCUAUCAGUAAUGAGGGUGUGGUCUUGACUUAAUUGAUACCGUUCUAAACGGAAAAAGGUUUAGCGAUUUUAAUGCAGCAUAUAAAGAAAUUGACAGUGAAUGAUUUUGUCGUUUUUCCUUCUUUCUUCUUUUCGUUACCCGCUUUCGUUAUUUCUUCACGCACAGCCCUAAGCAAUACCUCCCUGGGUAUUGUCCCAUCUCUAACACCCCCAGUGAUAAGAAAAUCUACAAUUUGCACACCUAACCAAGAAAAUGAGACUUCUGUCCCUUUUAUGAUAUUCUCCAAGACACUUAAUAAUACGAUUGUAAAAACAGGCUAUUGACACGCCGACAUUGAAAUUUCAAGACACAUCUAGCUAGGCAUUUUUCAAUUUUACUGAGGCCUCUUCUUUUCCUUGGUGGAGACACGGGUCCUUUCAGUUUGUGUGUACCCCCAAAGUGUUUGCAAUAAAUGUAACAUGUGCAUUUUCCUUCGAGUAUCUCCGCAUGUUUUAAGUGGGUGUUCCCCCUCUCCCCCCCCCACCCACCUCUUCCGCGUGCUAAUGUCACGGUCGUGAAAAGGACUGUCGUCGAUGACUGUCAAAUAAUCGUAUGGGUAAAAGUUGUUUUACCGACAAGGAUUGCCAUUUGAGUCCUCAGUACCAGUAGCUCUCUUUUUAAAACGUUCUGGUAUUCAAUUUAGCUUGAAAAGAAUUUACCCUAAAACUAUUUUUUUCGAAUUUUGAGACAUCGCAUUAUGCCUUCAGAUCUCCGAUUCUCCAAUGUCAGCGGUCAGCGGAGAGCAUGAUGAGGAUGAAGACGGCAGUAAAAAGGACGGAGUGGGAGUACCUCAACUCAUCGUCGACACAGUAAACCCAUCAGAGUCACAGGCCGAGCAGACUCUGGCAAAGGGAAUUCUACCGACUGUGGAGGAGGUUUUAGAUGGUCUUGGUUUAGGUCCCAAUGGUCCUCCUAUUCCGCCUCCAGCAACCUUUGCUGUAGUGCCAUAUCCUGUCCGGAGACGCCCCCCUCUAGGCAUAGAUCCUCCGUCUCAUUAUGUGUUUGUAGCGUCCGGCCCGGAUGAUCGCAAUGCUCCACAAGAAGACAAGACUAAAGAGGCUGAAGCAGAGGUGGAAAAGACCCCCGAGAAACCACCGGUUGGUACAAAAUACAAGGCGCCUUAGUUUCUUUCAUCCUUUACCCUCUAACAUCAUUGCGUAUAUUCUCCAAAUCGUCGCACUCUGUUCUCUGUUUUUGUUAUUAUCCCACUGAUUUGAGAAUAAUUUUAUAAACUCCAGGGGUUUUGUUAGUGACCAUUUCAUUUGUUUUUUAUGAUUCUUGAUUAAGCGACAAUGUUUGAAAUAAAUUAGAUGCAAGUUUUCAGAGUUACACUUCGUUAUAAACUUAACACUAAACAUCUUCUCCCCUUAGCACUAAGUCUCUCUUUCAUUACAACCUAUCAUUUUAUACAGCAUCACCACUGAGGAGAAUGUUCAGAGGGUGUUCUGAUUGCUUCUUUCCUUGUCAAACUUUUCUUUACACAAGAUGUAACCAUUCGUUUUCAUCUUAGGAACACGGUCGUAAAGGCCGUAAGGACAAAGAUGACAGAGAGGGAGGUACAAAGUCAAGGAAGGAAAGAGGCAGCUCCGCUAGGAGAGGGAAAGCAGCUCAUGGUGCCCCGUCCCCUCCCCCCAGCAUUACUCCCGCAGAGGAGGACAAGAGGUUAGUUCAGCGGCUAAGUUUGUAAAUUUAUAGCAUUUAAGACGCCACAUUUUGCGGCGUUUUUUGCUUUAUUGCGAUUACGAAAAGGAAGCAAAGAACCUUGUUGUGGGGUAUUUAAAUUGCACAGAAAUCUAACCAAGUAAACGCACAAGUAGAUAGAAAAAAGUUGUGCUAUGUUGUGGCGGUGACGGGACGGUGAAGUUUCAACUGAUGUUUCUCUCAAACCUCUAACGUUAUCGUUUCCCUAACUCUGGCUUUAUGUAAUGAUAUUUAUUUAAAACAGUUAACCCUCAGUUGUUCGUCUGUCCCGCCUAGAUUAGUAUUUACUACCUGCGGGUCAGUGUAAUUACUUAAGUUAAAUUCUUACAAUAAAAUUUUGUUGUACGAACCGGAACCGCCUUUAUAAGAAUAGAAACAAAAAACGCCCCAUGUAAGGGAAUCCAAGACAGUCGUGGAUUCUGGAUUCCUUAUAAGUGGAACUGGGAAAUCUUCCAGAUUACAAUCGUUAGUGGGAUUCCGGGUUUCUUGAGCUGUAUUCCGGAUUCCACAAGCAAAAAUUUCACGGAUUCCGGAAUGCCUUACAUUGGGCACCAAAAACGCUUUCUUGAUUUCAUUAUUCUGAUAUUAAUUUUCCUUCCAAUGCAGUGAUGCUGCUCAAGCGCCCAGUACUCCUCAACUGGUCAAUCAUCGCUGGGUGAUUCCUGCCAAUGAUUCGGUGACGUUGCGCAUCCGUUUCCGGUCUGAGGAGUUGGGCCAGUUUGACCAGACUUUGAACUUUGAAAUCAUGGGAACGCGCCGGCGCUAUCAGCUGUUUUGCCGCGGCGUGUGCUCUUUUCCCACCAUAAGCCGUGAGCCACGUGUAGUGUUUCCACAUCGCCGAAAGUACCGCAAACCUGAAGAGAUUGUGCACAAGAAAUACGUGCUGAGUAAUGAGACCUUCGAGUUCGGCCCACUGCUUUGUGGUAAGUCCAAACUACUUUGGGCUUCUUUUUGUAUUGUUUUUAGAAUUCUCAUUUGCAUUGAACAGGCUGUGUUUAGGCUGUGUUUAGUGUGGGGGUUUCUUUUGAACUGGGAUGUCUCGGGGGGGAGGGGCGAACCACAUAGUAUACGCUAUAAAGUUUGUGUGCCACCCCAAAGAGUAGGGUCGAACAGUCGUUUUUACCUGAAAACGGGUGUAGAUUUUGUCCAUUAUAGUCUGAAAUCGGGUAUGGUUAUCAAGAGAGCAUACAGUCAACUCUCUCAUAACGGACACCAAGAGAAGUUCCCAGCCUUUCUUCUUUCCUUUUAGUUGUCUCUCUAUAAGACGGACACGUAGUUCUCUUCCCAAAGGUGUCCGCUUUAGUGGGGUUCGACUGGUAGUUCCCGGCUCAAAGGUGUCCCUUUUAGAGGGAGCAGACUGCAUGACAUUUUAACAUAAUAUUUUAACAGGAAAGACUCGUGAUCGAUACAAAGAAGGCAAGUAUCCAGAGAACAUGGAGAAAAUAGUGGUUUGUAACACCUCUCCUCUGGAAGCGGACGUCAGCUUCUGUUUUCAGCAGGAUAGUACUGCAGCUACGUUCAUCCUUGAUCCGCCCAACAUGAAGCUUAAACCAGGAGAGAGCCAGGUCGGUUGUCAUUCAUGAUAAAACUAAUUUCUACUCUGGUCGUUAAACGUUGCUAUGGCGUUUAUAUUAACCCAUUCACUCCUGGGAAUUUUGCCAAUGAAAGACGCCCUUUGAAGCUAGUCGCUCCAGUUUUAUUUGCCCAGUUUUUUUUUUUUUUUUGUGGGGGGCGGCUUAACUAGGCUUCAUUACGGUGCAAAAAGUUUUGGGGAAAGCUUUUAGGAUCUUAGGAUUAAAUGGAAGGCAGUGCAGGCGGGUAGUGGAACAAGAUUUUCAUUGGAAUUUUUUGAUCAAAUUUGCAUCGCUUUUCGCGUUUUUCUCCGUUUUCCCUGUCGAAAACGUGCUCAUUCUGGCACGGCUUGUAUGGUUUUAAAGAUCUCUCCUCCUUGUGCAAGUUAGAUGACAAAUUAUGACGUGCAGGUACGGAUGGUUCAGGGACGAAUCUGUUAAUCUGGAAUUGUCUUUUCAUUUUAUAACAGGACCUUACCUUAUGGGCAUAUCCGAAGACCCCUGGAUUCUUUGAGGACGCCGUUGUCUGCUGCAUACGCGAGAAUCCGGAACCUGUGGUGUUUAAAAUCUCAUGCCAUGGUGUUCGGCCUGAACUAGAGUUAGAUCGGAAACAGCUUCAGUUUGACAGAGUUUUAUUACACAGGUGGGUUGGUUAGUUAUUAACGAUAUUUUAUUUGUCAGGUUGCGCCGAUUUUAGGCAAGUUCUCCAUGUAGACUGUUGGUCUUACUAUAUUUUUACAUGAAGUAAAUGGACCUUGGAGUGGGUGCCUCUCUUGAAAUUGCUGAACAAAAUCAUGAAAUUUCAAUGUUAAGUUCAAACUUUCAGAUACUACACCACCUCUUAUUAUGCAGACAGAAAUAUGGUCGCUAAUGAAUGUUGUCGCAUAGAGAGCAUAACUGUAUUCAUUGAGCCAGAGUCGAGAAAUGUCUUUGAGUGGAGUCUUUGUAGCUAAACUAUUCACAAUGUCAUUACAAAUGUUUGCAUCGUUCAUUUGUAGGAAGGACACAAAGACGAUAUUCCUGCGUAACAGUACACUGCUUCCGGUUGCAUGGCGAGUCAAUGGAAUGGAUAACCUCGGUGAUGACUUCUCGUUGACAACUGAGCACGGUGUUAUAGACGCAAAAUCCGAGUUUGCUUUGCAGAUGCACUUCAGGGCUGUGAGACCUACUAACAUUAAGAAGAUCGUGAGACUGGAGGUGCGAGUUUAUCCUUGUUACAUGUGCAUUACUGAGACUGCUUCCCAAAAGUUAGAUCUGACCCUAAAACCCACCUCACUGUACCCCACCAUUUGUAAAUAAACUAAUCUGGUUGGAUAGUCUUAAUAGUGGAAUUCUCUUUACAACUACACCGGCCAGUUCUAACAAAUGGAGAGCGCACUAGGUCAUUUUCGGAAGAGAUUUUUUUUCUCAACCCGUAAGGAAGAAAUUAUAGACUAUCAAGGAGUAUUACACCCUAUUUGUUUUUGCCAGUUCUUUAGUUCGAUUUUGAGCAUAUAACAAUGACAGCCGAGUUUUAUUUCACUGAAUUCAAACAGUAAGAAAAAUAUAUUCUAAAAAGGAAUUAGCUUAAUACCAAGGUGAACAAUGCGACCGGCUUUCAUCGGCGACGUUUAGCUCAUGAUGAUGAUGAUGAUGAUGAUGAUCUUCUUUAUACUUUGUGGACAUAUCGGUGGCAUGCGAAAAUGUACCCUUUUUUGUUUAUUGUGUCCAGUGAAGCAAAUGUCACUAGCAUUUUAGGAAUUCUUUUUGCCUGCAAGGGUUGCUGGGAAGGGCUAUGGGAAACUGCAAAGUCUUUCUCUUCAGAGCUCCAGGUAUUGAAUUAAGAUCUUUACUCGUAGGUGUCGGAUGUUGAACAGAUCAUGGGACUCGUUCAAGCAGAGAACAUUCAAGUUCAUGCUGAGUCGUACGACGUAGCUUUGGAUAUGAGUUUCCCAAAAGGUACUUUUUUGUGUUCCGCCUCGUACAAGAUUCAAUGGCGCGUCCUUGUUUCUGUGGCAAAGUAGCUCGUGAUGGAUGACUAAGAAGCACGGCCGUCAGGCGAUGUUUUCAAAGAGUGAUCAACAAUUUUGAUUGUGUUUUUGUGGUCACUUACGUCAGUUACUUUUGGCAAACAGAAAUUCGGUUCGACCAAUGACGUGUUCCAAGGCUCAUAGUUUGUUGCGUUAAAUAUUCCUCGCCUUAGGAGACUUAAGCACCGACUAAGCUUGCAUAAACAGACAUGAACUUUAGUAAUAAUUUAAUGUAAUGGUUAGUUUUCAAAACGAAUUACCAAAUAGUGGCUCGGAUGGAAAAAGAACAUUCUUAAAUUUCUGGGAAUUUUUACCAUGUUUUAGUACAGCUAUAGUUGGAAAUUCAUUUACCCUUGUCUUUGUUUUAACAAGAUGUUUGUUUGUGACAAAUGUAUAUGAAAUAAAUCGUAUGUUUGUUUGUGUCAGGUGCUGAUGGCGGGCUAGACUUCGGUGUCCUCAAAGUCUUGGACGAAACAAAGCAAACGUGUUCUCUGAAGAAUAAAGGCAAAUUUGAAAUUAACUUUAACUUCGCGUUCGAAGCAACAGAUGGUUCGCCUUCGGAUGUGGCGCAACUGUUCACAGUGAUACCCAACAGGGGUCCCCUACUACCGACAGACCGACCAACCCAAGUACAGGUCAUCUUCAGAUCUAAGAGUGAGAUCACGAUCAAGGAUCAGCCCGUCCUUAAGUGUCAGGUAAGCACGCUUUCUCAAUUAAUCUUGCUAAUCUGCCUGUGUAGCAAUGGCGGAUCCAGGGGAGGGGCCCGCCCCCCCCCCUCGUUAUUUUUAGACCAAACUGAGGCCCGAAAGGCCGCAAAAAAAUCUCAGGGUCUGAAUGACCCCCUUGUAAGGCCCCUAUCAUGAGGUUUCGGGGCCUCUGUCCUUUUCUUUGUCGUUUGUUCCUUUCCUUUUAAGUUACUAAUUAUUCACAUAGAAACUGCUUUUUAGUCAUACACUACUUUGUGUUUUAGAUCAUCGAACCUCAUCUCGGCGAAGGCGGCGAAGUGAUCGCAAGUAUUCCCAUCAAACUCAGCGUCCGCUCGGUCUACAGCAAGUAUGCCGUCUCGCCGGUCAGCGACAUUAACUUUGGUGCCAUGCUCAUCAACACCAAGAAGACCCGCGUGUUCUCUAUAGAAAACCGUGGGGAGUUCGACUUCAGGUACUCAGUCCUCAAGAUGAUUAACACGGUCUCACAAGGACGCCAGAGACUGGGACCACCUGCGAAGAGAGCCAAAUCACGUGAUGGAUCGAGCUCAGGGAGAUCUCAGCAACCGGAUAAACCGGCUAAACCCAAGAGAGCAGACUCAGUGAGAGGGUAGGUCAAAAUGAUUUUCAGAUCCUUCUUUCUUUUUCUCAAGUAUAUUUCAAAGUGCUAGCACUUGAAAUUACCGAAAACUUGUUGUAUGACAGUUUUAGGUUGAUGACCUUUCUAUGCUCACUUGGUAUUGCUCGUGACAUUGAUUUGCUAAUUUUUGGGAAUGCAAUAUCUUAAUAAAUAAGUUCAAUACUCUUUUACUUCUUACUUAGAGCCGAGUUGACCACCGGAGCACCGAACAUUCGCCUUCAGCUUGGUAUGUUCACAGUAUACCCAGCCGUGGGAAGUGUACCGGCUGGGGGUGCUGUGCAGGUUACUGUGGAUAUGAUCGCCGAAAAUCCAGGCUUCUGCGAGGAGGUAGGUGCGAGUAAUCGAGGAACAGCUCUUUUUUUUUCGAAAAAAUGAGAAAUUUGAGAAAUCUGUAAAAUUGUUUGUUUUGGAAACGAUGGUAAAUCUUCUAGAAAGGAAAAUUUGUAAUAAGAUUGGUAUUUUAUUCGUCGAGUUAUCUGUCUGAAAGUCUUAUUCAUUUGACACUGUUCUUGAUGCUGUGAGCACUGCCUACCGUUUUAUGUUGGAAAAUGACUCGCACGCGCAACCAGCGAAUGGAAUGCGUGCGUCAUAAAUUUUUACGCGCGCGUAUUGAUUGUGACGUAAUGUUUUUUGUACUUAGCACAUCGAUAGUCGCUUCAUUCGUCUUUUCGUUGAAGAUGUGUUUGUUUGCGGAAACUGCGCAGACUUUCCGCGACGCCUGACGCUUGCUCUCACCGGCAACUGAAACUCUUGGAUAACAGUGAAAUGUUUUUUCUGAACACUUAUACAUUUAACUAUAUUUUUGCUCUUGCUUUAUUUUUCAGGAUAUUGCGAUAGACAUCUCAGACCGUCCGCCAACAGACAGUCCUCAGGGAAUCCCCUACAAGUUGAUCGGUGAAGCCUGCAUCCCGGGAAUCACCACUAUCUCACCCGACACGGUCGGCUCGAUAUUCGAAGAACACUUGAUCGUUAAACAGUUGAAUCUAUUCCAGUAUUUGACACACGACUUGGCCAGUGGCUCAGGCGUUUAUGGAGAAGAUGAGAACAAGUUCUUAUUUUAUAACACGAUCGUUGGACGCAAAGCAAGGGCUCGAUUUAGGAUUGGUAAUUCGAAUAAGGUACUUAGAUUUUAUUGGUAAACCAGUAGGCACUUUUUUGUGUCGUUUUUGCUUUAAACGAUACCUUUAUUUCUUUGCACUGGGUUUUUUGUGAAAAUCCUCUGGAUUCCGUGUUUCCUCCAUACUGAAGCCGUACCUCAUAAUUUAUUUACAGUUCGAAGGGUUUUGUCGAUUCUUGUAUAUUAUCUUUGCUGAAUAACGUAGAUUAGACAUGUUAUAUUACUUACGAGAUGUUGUUAUGGUCAAAAUUAGGAUAGGCCUUUGAAAUAGGCUCUUUGUACAACCCUGCUAAGUACCUGUAACCUGUAACUAAGGCGCAGAUCAGACGCCGACCUUUUCAUGAGCCGAACCUAAUUCGAAUUAAGGCCUACCCAAAUUAUUUAGACUCGCUGAAUUGAUUCACACGCCGAUCUUAAUUGCAGCUGAACUAAGUUCAAAAGGCGGAAAAUGCUGAUUUCGGUCAAACUGCUUACAAAAUUUGUUGUAAUAAUUUAUGCAUUAUGUUCGGUACAUGAAAAGUUCGGCGUCUGGAUCAAAGUCUCUCCAAAGGCGAAAUUCCCGGCCGGGCUAGGCGAAAAGAACGGCUGAACCGUUCCAAAUUGGAACAGGCGUUCCUAAUUGAUUCAGACGCCAAACUUUUCAUGAACUUAAUUCAGUGUAUUAGGUUCGGCUCAAGAGAAGUUCGGCGUCUCUGAACCGGGCCUAAGAAACUUGUUUCAACUUAAUACUUAUCGCGUAUCUCUAUCUUACCCAGGUCCCUUGUGACUUAGUUCUGUCUGUGAAACCGCAGUCCAUGAAGCCAUCUGCUCGCUGGCACGAUGUUUACGAGAUUGAACCUCAGCGCGCUUCCAUCCCAGCUCACAGUUACGUGUACGCGACAGUGACGUUCACUCCGCCUUCCAUGCAAACGUACAACGCUACGCUGGAAGCUGCGGUGGACGGAAUGCCCAGUGCAAUGUCAAAAUACCGCAAUCUGACGUUUGAUAUCCAAGGGGAAGGAAACCUGCCUGGGAUAAAUGUGGCGAGACCCACUGCGCGGAACAAGAAAGGUGCCCCUGUGUUACUCUUUAGGAGACUACUACUAGGACGCACUCAGGUAAGUAAACAAGUGUAUGAGUGUACUGUAAUGCAAGAGUUCGCUUGAGAUGCGCGACUACCUAAAUUUGCUCGUGCAAUCUUUGACGCAAUCGAAAAUGGCAUAACCCGACCUCGACUUCUAAAAGACUAGAAAAAAUUAAAUUAGUGUAAAAGAAAUGUUGCUUCGAGUUUAAGCUUUCGAAAGCUGCUUUGGAAGCUUGCUGCUCGUUUUUAAAAAAUUGCUGGUUUAUCAAGAUAGUCAGUUCAGUAAGCUUCAAUUUGAUACAGGGUGUAAGGUAUAUUCAGGUUAACCGAAACGCGCUUAGUCACUUGCUCAUGAGACACCCCUAAAGAUAUCUGGUAGCCUUAAGCCAGCAGUUUUUCGAAUUUCAGUUCUAGCACAGACGAUUCGCGGCAUUUUGUCCCAUCAUUUUUGCAGGUUCUUCCCAUGUCUCUCAAAAACGAAGGUACAUUGAUGUCUCGAGUGAAUAUUGAUUUAAAAGAUCCGGGCGGCAUGUACAGUAUCUCGUGUGCAGAGGGGACCAAAACACUGAUGCCGCUUAACGAAGGCGAGGAUGAGGAUAACGUCAAGUCACGUGUUCACUCCUUAUCUGUGGUUGUCCCCAUGGGAAAAACAGCUGAUUUUGCGAUUGAGUUUACACCGUCCUUGGUGGGUAGAGUGGCUGGCGAAAUAAGGCUUACAGUAGUAGAUAAUCCGUACGAGGAAAGCACAGUUCAGUUGAUUGGUGAGGGAUACGAGGAUGAGGUGACUAUAGACAAUAUACGGUCUUAUGUUCAGACUGAAGAACAGGCGGCUGAGGUUGAGAUAGAUGAAGACACUCCAGGUACUGCUACAUGAAAUACUAAUGCCCAAUUCACACCAACUACACAUGUUUAAUCAAACCAUGAAAAAACGUUCGUAGGGUUGUUUUAUUUCUCCUUAUUCCAAUGGAAAAGAAUUUAUCGACGACUAUAACAAACCUAGACCAAUGCAUCUCAUACUACAGUAUUAGACUUGCAUGGUACCCUGUAACAAAGGGACCCUUAAAUUAAGGUGGAAACAAUAGAAAUAUGACUGUGGGGCCAAGUAAGACGCGACAUUAAUUAGUGACCUGUAGUCUAGAAGCCAACUGUGUUGCUUUUAAUCCUAGUCGCAGCAUAAGUGUUUGCUCUUUGAGAAGGGCAACCUUUGACUUCGCAGCAAACCCACUUUCAAGACCUUGGCAAGUGUCCCCGUUGUAAGAGGGGGCAAUCAUUUAGUAGUGGUUGAUUUGAUUUGACUUCGCUAUUACUAUGUAAGAGUGACUAUAGAUUCCCUUUCCCAAAGCGGGGAAUAGGGCAGGAAAUCAAAUUCUCACCUAAAUGUUAUUUCCCUUUCUGCAGCUUCAAGAGAAAACCAUGUUAAAUUCGGCGACUGCGCAGUGGGAGCAUCCAGACAGCUGUCAUUCACACUGACAAACCAUUCUACUUCCGACCCAGUCCGUUUCACGUGGUCCCCACCACCCGAGAUCACCUUUUCUCCGUGUGUUGGUCAUCUGCAGCCUAACUGUGCCAAAGAUGUCACAGUUACAUUCUGCUCGAAGGAGCCCAAAACGUACUCAGGGACUAAUGUACCUUGUAAGGUUACAAAAAUCAAGCUUGGAGAGGCACAAGACAAGGUUAGCUUUCUUGGCUCUUUAUUUCAAAUAAAAAAUCUGUUUCGUUCAUGACAGACAGCCCCAAGUUGUGUUUGGAAGGAGGGUUGUUGGUAUGUUUAUAGUGUAAAUUUGUUCUUGGGUUUUUUCAGAUUUUUCCACAUUGUUACCACUUUCUUUGUCUCAGAAUGAGGAAAACCUACCUUACUUUUUACUUUUAAACCAACACCUUCUUGCCCUAGUUUCAAGUUACUUGACUUUUAUGACUUCGAGUAAGGAAUUAACUCUUCAGGUGUUCAAAGUGACAAAGACCUAUUAAUUGAAUGCUCACAUCCUAGGGUUUCACCCACGGAUUCAAAAGCAAGAACUGCAUGCUAUUGCUAAAUAAGUAACACCUUGUUUUCAUUAUAGGACUCAAAAUCUAGAACUGCGUGCUAAAUGAGUAGUACCGAGCAAGAGUACUGUUGAAAAUGGUUUCAUAUGAAUGGUAGUACCAUAUGUAGGUUUCAACCUCAACUAAAGAGUAAAAUAUUAACAACAAGCCGGGCUCCUUGUCGAAUUACUUUCUGUAAACCGUUGAAAAUAAUUCCAUAAUCCCACAAAUAAACGAAUCUUCAAAUAUGUUUCUCGUUCUUUGAAGCCUGCCCCACCGAAGGUGCAAGUUUUGGACUUUUUCUUAUGGGCGUCAAGUCUAGUAUGUAGGUAGCGAAGUGAAAAGUGGCGAAUUUGACAAGUGCCGAAAUCGAUAAAAAUGAUUGUAACAGUUGGUGUCUUCAUGUGUGCCUCUGACACAUAUUAUUGGUUUAUUUUGAUCACAGGCGGUGGAUUGGGACGAUCGCAUGCGCACUGUAAAGUGGGUUGACGUGACACCAGAGGAGGACCCAGCGUCUGGCACGAGGAAGGCCCCUCGGCCAGCUAAAAAGAAGGUGAUUGAAGUUGAACCCGAGCCUCCAUUUACAGCUCUGGAAAACAGCACCAAGGAUGUGGAACUCUUUCUUUCUGCUGUGUGUGACUAUGCUAAGUUCCGGUGCAAGCUGGAGAACAUUCAUUUCAAGGAUACACUCAUGUUCCAGUCCCGAGUAUACAAGUGAGUUUUUCGCAAAAACCUUUGUUCACUUUGUGGAUUACUUCUCCCCUGCUUCGUAUACGAAAUUGUGAUAUAACCAGACGUGGCCAAGUUACUUUUAAUGGUAAUCUUUUUUUUUCCACCUGAGCUACAACUUGGAGAAAACUUAUUGAGACACAUUACAAAAACCCAUUUUUGCACUCGUGCUGACAUUAAUGCUUACCGUCGCAAAUUAGGACUGUUUCCCCCCUCCCCUAUUAAUGUUGUUGGCGGUAACACAAGAACUACUUACUUUAGCUGUUAGGCCAAAGCAACUUUGAACAGGGGGUGGGGAGGGGCGCGUCUUGGUUCCGUUUAGAAGGGAUUGUUGCAUGGCGUGAAAUUAUAUAAACACAUGGAAAUGUCUCGACAGUUUUGUCCGGGGUUAUAGUUUUCUUUUCUAAUGAAUUCAAGUUCUAUGAUACUUUGCGCAGAUGUAACAAAUAAAUAAAUGACUCAGUUAAAUCGCGAAGUAAAGGAAAGGAAGUGAAUAGACCUUUCCAGUCAGUCCCGCCUCCUCUAGUACUGCCUUAAUGACUGGUUAAGAUCCCCAAAGUCAUGAUAAAAUACAGAGAAAGCCGGCAUAAGGUCACGGCAAUAUUCAUCAUAUCCUUUUUCGAGGUUGGCAUCUGAAGACUACAAGUUCUGUUCUUUUUUUUUAUCAUUUGCUUGUUUUUCAUUUGUUUAGCUUUACGGUAUCCAACAAAGGCGACGUUCAACUCGAUUACCAAUGGAGCUUUGAACCUGUUCACAAGUCAAAGGCUGUUGGUCUGACCGAACCUUUCCCGUCAGGACACGAACGACCCGGGAGUCCUGCGGGACAAUCGUCCAGUCAACAAACGGGACGGCCGUCUACCUCCGCUGGAGCCUCUUCAGUGCCGCCCCAAACACGGGCACCACAGGUAUCGACACGCCCUGGCUCUUCAAUGUGUGGAAGACCCUCAAGUGCCUUGGCUUUAGCUUACGAAGCUGGUAGCGUGGUGAGUGAAGGAGGAAGCGAUGUCUUUCCUUUUGUGAUCGAGCCGCCAAGUGGGAGCAUUCCUGCAGGGAAGAAAGGCAGCUUUGUUGUGAAGUUUUCGCCUCUUGAUGUAUCAGAGUAUGACGCCCGGCUGAUCUUUAGGUGAGACAUGCUGAAAGGCUCCUCAUCGCCUCAAAGCGUCAAACAUUUUUUCACUUGAAUGGUAACACCAUAGGAUUUCGUCUACAGAUGCAAAAGUUAGAACUACAUACUAAAUAAAUGGUACCAUGUGAAAGUACUGCUGAAGAGGUUUCAUUUGAAUGGUAACACCAUAGGCUUUCAUCCACAGACUCAAAAGUUAGAACUACGUACUAAAAUAAAUAGUACCAUGUGAAAGUACUACUGAAGAGGUUUCAUUUGAAUGAUAAUACCAUAGGAUUUCGUCCACAGACGCAAAAGUUCGAAACACCCACCAGGACUUCAUCAUUUACCCUGGAAGUGAAACGGGUUAACUUCAUUUUUCAAGAGGUUAGUUAAAUAAUAAAUUUAUUUUAAUGUCCACAGCGCAGCCAACCUUCAACCGGACACUCAACCUUUUCCCAUCCCUGUCAGUGGUCGCAGUCUUCUUCCGUACUGUCACUUUGACCUCGAGGAAUCGGAUUAUAUCUUCGGUGGGAGACGAAAUCCUGAGCUUAGAGGUCCUGGCGGGGCUCCCCCGGGAUCAACGCUAGAUCCCAGCACAAAGGUCAUCGAGUUUAAAUCGUGCGGUGUUAAAGUAAAGAAUAUCAAGUAAGUUAUGAGAAAAUGUUCCACAAGAAAAUCCGUCAUAUUUAUUGUAUUACCGAUAUUCCGAUAUGUACGCUUCUUCCAAACACUAAACUACUCUCCACCAGCCAUUUCAAACAUUACAACUCCAUAGCAACGUUGGAUUGUUGUAGAAUAAACGAAACAAACAAGGUGAUUGUUCUGGCCAAUCACAGCAGGCCUGGCAUUCAAGUGAACAAAUUAAAACUUGAGGUAAGCAAAAGCAGCAGAUUCCAAGCACCGGCAAAUACAUGCAAGAAAGUGAUGUGGAGGAGAUUUUUUUAUAGCCUUACUUUUUUACUCGUAACUCGAUCGUAAAUCAUUUAAACGGGCAUUUGCCAUCUGGCUCAGUUGUUCAAACGCUAGAUUGCACCUACCCCUCCCCUAAGCCAACAUCAACACUUAAUUCUCAUUUAGGGCAAAAUGUUGGCUUAGGGGAGGGGUAGGUGGGCAGUUUCCCAGAAACGUAUAAUGAUCCAAUUGCGUUAUCCACGUGAUUAAUCACUAUCCAACGGAUAGGAACAUUUCACUUCAUAUAACUUUCACCCAUCUGUACACGCAGGCGAUUCAAUGUGAUCAACCCAUCGAGUACAAACUACAGUUUCACCUGGACCAAUGAAGACUUUCUUGACGGCGUACCUGAAAGUGUUAACUUCCGGUGCUUGACUCCCGAGGGGACUGUACUGAGUGGCAAGAAACAUGAGAUGGUGUUUGAAUACGUGUCUGACUCAUUGAAUCUGAUAGAGUCUUUCUGGCGCUUCUUUGUUCCUGAGCAUAACAUCUCUGUACCAUUUGUCUUGGUGGGUCACACUUUUGAACCUGCGCUGUCAUUUGACAGGUCUCACAUCAACUUCAGAGAGAUGCUUCUCGGUAAGGCGAUCCUUUGUUCAAUUUUUUGUUUCUGUAUUUGUUGCCUUUAGUCUUUAACCUUUAGGCCUGUAGAUCGUUGCUAUUUCUCUGCAUCCCUAGUUGCUUGUUGUCGUAGAUUGGUUCAGGGACACCCAACGAAAAUAUAGUUCAAAACCACUUAAACAUAGCAUUGUUAAACGUAUUUUAGUAUUUAAACGGUAGAUAUAGGCAUAUUUUUAUCCCCUAGAAAUUUUCCAUCUGUUCGAAUUUCCUAGCUGAAAGUCUAGUGAUCAGAAAAUUAUAGGGACCAAAACUUACCUUUCCGAAAAUUUCAGCCAGAAAAAAGGCUCCCGAAAAUUCUAGGACACGGUGACCUUUUAAGGGUAAAAAUCCGUUUAAAAUGGGCAAUUAUACCAUUUUUUAGAUGUUCGAAAAUCCUAGGAGAGGCAGGCAAGCAAGAAAUUUUACAACAAAUGUUCCGAAAAUUGUAGAUCGCAAAUCGUCGUCCGAACAGAUAUUUUCCGAAAAUUGUCGUUGGGUGCGCCUGUUGGUUGACUUAUGGGCAUGCUCUAAAAAGUCGAAGUGAAAGUUUUAUCUAAAUUUGUAGUGACAGUCAACUCAACAGUGCGGAACAUCGCCGACAAGCUUGAUAUAAAGUUGUUUUAAAGCUUCCUGAAUGUCUUAUGAAACAAAAAGCAAGUGUAACGUAGUUAAAACAAGCAGUGCAUUAAUCAACUUCAUUUUGAAAAAUCGCUCAUCCUUCUCAGCUAACGACGGCAUCCUCUUUGAGCUAAUUUAACCACAAGUAUAAAGUUGCAAUAUCUGAAUUCCCCUCGCAAAGAAAUUGAAAAGAAUAUCCACUUAGAAAAACAUUUGUUCUCAAACGAGACUUGGCUCUGAAAUAAUCUAGCCUGACGCCAAAAUGCACAAGAGCUAAUAUGGUACGUGAUGUAAAAUGUACGAUCAUGUGGUUGACUUGAAGAUUUUUCGGUGUCCUAGGUCACCCAGCAAAGGAAAUUGUCCAGUUGGUAAACGAAGAGAACAUUCCUUUCACGUUUUCAUUCAGUGAAUCGUCUUGUCACACCGAAGGCUAUGCCUCUAGUCUGGCUGUCGAACCGAUGUCUGGUACCAUUCUACCAAAAGCAAGGUUUGUAAUGAGAGCAACCUUUUUCAUGUUUCAUACAUUGGCAAUCGGAGGAUGAGGUUUCUGUUCGACUGUUGAAAUCUUGUCUUUGAGCCGGUUAUGGUUACAUAGUGACCCAUUCUGCGACUAGUCUUGUAGGACGGGGAGCUUCUCAACAAGCAGACAAGGGGCACAACUCCUUGCUUGUCAUACCCGUUCUGAAACCAGCUGCUCAUUAAAUGUAGCCCGAGGGUAACUUAUAGAAGAGAAUAAAUUUGACUCUCAAGCUCUCUUGAAAGGAACACUACCUUCUUGGACAUAAUAGAUGGAAAAUUUAGACCCCCAUUUUGGGGGAAUGGGGGAUUAUUGUUCCAGUUUUUCUCUCCAAGAUUGUUGGUAGAGUAAUUCUUAAAGUAUCGUGGUCGCUUUCUUUACACCUUUUCGUGGUGUUUGAUUCCUGUGAUGUCUGUUGUAUUUAAAUCUGUAGGCUACCAAUCGAGAUCUCCUUCACGGCGACAGAACAAAAUGAGGUGAACUUUAACGUUCUCUGUCACGUGAAAAAGAAAACUUCACCACUGACGUUGAACGUGAAGGCGGAAGGAUACGCCAUGAACGCACAGCUGAUAUGUGAGGAUUCACAAGGAAACAAGGUGGAGCUGACCUCGAAAGGCACAAAUAGAAUCAACCUUGGAAUGGUAAGAUGAUUCAUUAAUAUACUCUUGCUAAUAACUUGAGCUGAAGUUUUCUGGGAUUCAUGUUUUGGUCGCCAAUUCAUGUUCCAAGAUAGUAAUGUUCAGUCGUGCGGUAAAAAGUGAUGCGAAAACGCGUGGGGGCUGGGGAGAGAGAAGGCGGUCCCAUUUUUUCCCGCCACGGCCCUCUUCCCCAGAUCGCGCGCAUCUUAUUGGCUUGUUUCGCGGCGUCCCCAUUAUCUGAGGACCUGGUACAGGCUAUGUUUUGGAAACCGUGCUGCAUACUACUGGAGUCAGCCUGAUUCGCUGUGGGUCUCUUACCAGCUCAGUGGCAGUUCCGUUUUCAGUCAGUCCGAACGGUUGCCGCGAACUUAAUUAUCGGCUGUGGCUCUUAUUGCGAACUUGAAACUUUUAUAUUCGUCUGAUGCUUGUGUCAUUUUCAGCAUUUUGCCUGUCUUAUUGUUGUGUGGUUGAAAGUGUCGGUGAAGUUGUUUCGACAAUUCUUGAGCGUAUGAAGUUGUCCAGAGCUAACAGAUCGGUAUGAGCUUUACUUAAACAGAUAAACCGUAUUGAGGAAUCAUUUUUAUCUUUGCUUGAUUUUUAGGUGGAGAUCAACGAGAAAGCUACCCGUCAGCUUUUUGUCAUCAACUCAGGGAAAUUUAACUUUGACUUUUCCUGGGAGGUGCAUAACCGGACCAAGCUCAAAGGACUACGGUGCCCCGAGGGGGAGAAGCUAGUGUCAGUAACACCGGAGACCGGUACGGUACCGUGUAGUACCCGUAAGAGAUGUCAGUUAGCCUUCUGUCCGCCUGGACGACUUAGUUUGUCGGGAUGCGACUUGCUGUUAAAGGUAAUUCUUAGCGUAAAUACGACCCUUUUGUGAUCUUGUUUUUGUCUGUAAAAUUUUGGUUACUGGAUAUUUGGAAGGUACAAACUUGAACCAGACAUGCGCGAAUACUUUCAGCUGUAUUGUGGCGACUUGGUCGUUUUCUGUUCUUCAACUGUCUCUCUUCUUCCGCGCAGGUUAAAUUGCUAAACAUUUGUCUCGUGGAAUUUAGUUCCAUUCAUUCCAUACUGAUGCUCUAUAUUCUGUUUGUGUAGAUAACCAACGGACCCACGUUCACGAUUAACUUGACCGGCACAGGAGUUCAGCCAGGAUUAAACUUCUCUUUUGUGAGACACGACUUUGGACCUUGUUUUCUGUACCGUGCAGGCAUGCCACUCAAGCGAACAAUGCUGAUCAUCAAGAACGAGGACACUAAAGAUAUCAGGUUGGACCCUUGCACUUGGCUGUCGUGUUUGAGAAAGUCCUUUUUAAAAUAUCGCUUAACUUGCUUCUGUUUCGACUUAUCUCCUACUCCUGUCGAUGAUACCAGUAAUUAAUGUUUAACAAGAGAGAUUUUGUGAACAACGUCUAUUUUCAAAUGACGGGUUUAUAUGCUUCCGUACAACUGGACCGGUUUGUUCAAAGCUGGGUUAAGAUAACCCAGGUUUAGUGCGAAAUUUGAAUUCAAAACUUGAAGGUUUAAAAAGUAAAUAAAAUGCUAUCUUUUUGUCUACAAUUUGAUGACUGGAUGCUCUAAAAAGAAUACAGAAAAUUAUCCGAGAACUUGCUUUUGAACAAUAGAAAAGGAAACCCAGAUUAAAAUUGAUCCCGGGUCAACGCUAAUCGGCCUUUGAACAACUGGGCCCAGUCCUCUUACAAUUCGCCACUUUCGAAACAAGACGAAACCUGGAUCGAGUUAACUUUAGCAAAGACAUCCUGGGAUUGUUACUAGGGACGUGCCCAUCAGCUAUUGGCCAAUUUUCUUCCUCUCUCUAUUAGCAGUUCCAGAAGUCUUUGCGAAAGUUAACUCGGUCUAGUUUCCGUCUCGUUUGUUUUGUGGCGAACAGUUUUUCCAAUAGUCAUAAACACACAAUGACCUUACAAAACUUAUACGAGCUCAUAAAACUAUUAUAAACUGUUCAAUCGACCUCAAACAACAAACUGAAUGAAUGCUAACUUUAUUUAUACACAGUUAAAACAUCAGUCUAAAAUAGAAAAUUAAAUUAAGAAUUCUCAAAAACUGUUCUUUUACAUAUUUUCCAACGACAAAAUAUCUUCAUUAUCAAAGCCUUUGAUUAUAAUUAUAUUAUAUGCAAUUAAACGUGUUCGAUGCGCGCAAACGUUACCUAAUUCCAUUUUUGACUCUUCUGACUCUUUGGCGUUUUUUUCUUAUUGUGCAGUAUCGAGAGUCAAUACCAGAACUGUGCACACCUGGAGGUACAUUGUCAACCUGGCGUUCUGAUUCCUAACCAAGUGAUGCAGGUUGAUAUCCUGUUUUAUCCUCGAGAGGCCAGACGUUAUCAUGAGAUUGUACCGUUUGAAAUCAAUGGUCUGUCCACCAUGAAUGUGGAAAUAUUCGGUGAAGGAACUGACAUGAAGGUAGGUCUCUUAACCUUAACAGUGACAACCAUCUAAUUCCUCUUUAUAACGUCACUCCCAAAUCAAGCAUAAUGGUGACGAGAAUGAAAGAAAUGAUCGCCUACGUUGAAAUGUCUUAAUUGUUAAACAAAUUCCUUUCAUUUGUACCGUAAGGAAAGUAUACUAAAUAUAGAGAAUCUUACAUACAAAGGCGUGUUUGGAGUAAGCCCUCGGGUUGCCAUGGUAAUUUGAGAACGUGUGGUUGAUCACAAACGUAUGGUUGACGUUUCAUUGCGCGUUAGGCUAAUUACAAUUAGAUGAAGACGGUUGACUGUAAACAAAGUUUCGAGCACAGUAAGUUCAGUUACGGUUGUAUUGACACUUAUGGUUCUCUUCUAGCAUUAUCAAUUUUUAUUAUCGGUUAAUUUUUUAUUAUUAGUUAGUUUUUCGUUAUUAGCAGCUUAUUGCUGGUCAACCGAACGCUAGCUAAUCACUUAACAAAAACAACAAAUAAUUCCAGUUUAGAGAUUACCCGCUAGCUAACCUCUUUAUACACGUGGUUUGUCAUUGAAUUAGUCCUCUACGAACGGUACUAACCAACUGAAGACAUUGGCUGAGUAAAACUGUUUAAAAGGUGGAGAGCAAGCGAAGAGAUAAAACGAGCUAUUAUACUAACAGUGAUAAGCAAAAACGAGUGUCUUGUCUAAAGGGGAGGUUGCGGAUUCGAUUCCCGGGGACGCACCAAUACUCAAGGUCUUAAAUAACUGAGAAAUGAAGGUACCAUGGCUUCGCCCUGCAAACGUCUAGACCUUUGCGUGGCUAGGAUUACCACGUAAAAUGGCGGUCCCGUCUCCAGUAGGAGGCGUAAAACAGUGCCCUCAAGUAGUACUUUCGUGUUUAAUAAAUUUACACCCAGAUAAAGUGCAUUUUUUUAAUCCUUCCCGCCAUCUACUCGUAGGUUGAAGUGGCCAACCCUUCAGACAGAAAGGUAAUCUUUGGCGCCCUUCGUGUCGGUCAAACGAGCCAGCGGAAUUUGAAGCUAGUUAAUCGCAGCCCUGCUCCAAUCACAUUUACCUUGGCGAUCACACCAGCUGUUGUGGCGUUACAGCAGGCCAACAUCCUUACUAUUAAUCCCUCCACGGAGAUUACACUCAGAGCGAAUGGGGGUUCAUGUGGCGUAGAGUUGACUUUCAAACCGAAAACACGUAUUCCGCACUUCACUGAAGAGGUAAGUAGUAACAAAGGUGGUUUUUCAUGAUCUUGUUUGGGGGUGAAAGAGUUUGCUUUAUUACUCAAUAAAUAAUCACUGUAACAAUGGCUCAUUUGAUGGAUGGUAGAAGUUCUGAAGUCGCAUUUGGUAAACUGACACUCAAUAUGCGCUGUUAUCUAGUUUCCUUGUACAUGUGAAGUCAAAAGUAUUUCCGAAGUUCGCUUAGAACUAGUCUAAAAAUGCAUUAGCUACCCAGACUAAUGUCCUUGUAGUUAGGUCCCAGAGCUUACUAGGAUGUUCUUCAGUAUGUCCAAAUUAAGCAUCGUUUAGAUUUGACUUUACACACUUCUGAGUUUAGAGUCAACUACAGUUCAGUACUAGUAGGACUUGUAUUUAACUAUUUUAUCGGUUAACAGCUAUAACUUUCGUGUCCCCGCAGGUGAUGUUGGAAUGCGCUGGGAUGUCACAGCCGAUAUUCGUGGUAACAGGGUCUUGUCAGGGUAUAGAGAUCGCUCUUGAUAGUGACUCAGUACCUUUUGGUGCUGUGGUUCUUGGCAGUAGAAGCACCAGGAAGCUGAUUAUGCACAAUACAGGGGACAUCGGAGCUGCAUUUUCAUGGAAUGUAGAGAAGUUCCAGCCAGACUUUUCUAUUGCUCCAGUCAAGGGUUAUAUUUCACCGGGCAUGGAGGUGUCGUUUGAGAUCAUUUUUCACCCCACUGUGGUCAAUCAUGACAUGAGAUAUGAGGUAAAUGGCUUAUUAGAAUCAAUUGGUGAUCAGCUCAUUGUUUCUUUUCGAGUGUUACUUUUCGAAGGGCGAUAAUUUUCAGCGCAACCUUGUAUCUUUACUUUUCUGGGGUAAAGUUUGGUAACUACGCCCCUUUUCCUGACCUAAUAGUACAGCCAAUCAAAGCUAUCAGUGUAAGCUUGUUUCACAUAUAAACAAGGCAGUGCCUGUUCAAUCCUGUUUCCAGGCUUAAACUAAAGUAAAACAGGCUAACUAUGAAGUACUGUAUGUACUACAAAAGCUGUUAUUUGGUAGUAAUUUGAAAAGAAAGUUAACCCAAAGGAAAUGAAAUUUAGCAAUUGUGGCAUUUUUUGUGGAAUAACCUUGUUAGGUCGAACGCCAACGGUCGUCCACGGAAAGUUGUUUUUGUUGUUUUUGUCGUUAACGCAGUGUUUUUUUGCAUGACAGAAUCUCCGUUGCACUAUUGAAGGAGGCAAACCUCUGAAGUUGGUUCUCACAGGCAGCUGUAUUCCUCAAACCCCCCUCAAAGAGGUAAAAAUACCAAACACAUUACACCUGAUCUGAUAAUAUCUUAAUCUGAAUUCUGUUCAUUUCACGGUCGAGUAUUUUGUAGUGAAUGAACCACUACAUUUUCGCCCACCUUAGCUUGCCAUGACGACUCUUACGUUAAAAUUGUCGACCCUCAUGAAAAUGCAAGCUACAAUUGUACAAACCAGUGAUCGAGAUCGAACUGCCUUAAUGUUACUUUAAGAUCACCCAUUAAAAUAUUCAUUUUUUUCACUUACGCUUAUCAGCAGGCUUAUUUGGCUUAACGUGCCUUUAAAUAUGGUGCAUUUAAUCUCAUUUUGAUAAUUACUGCUGAUCAAGGAAUCGCUAAGAGUCACCGAGUUUACAUUUGUGUACCUUGUUAUAGGUUCUUCACUUUGCCACGCAUGUCCGUACUCGUGACACGCGCAAUCUUGUGAUCCAUAACCGGACAAACCAGUUGUGGAUGCUGCGGCCAGUUAUAGAUGGCGAGUACUGGUCCGGCCCAGACAGCAUCACAGUGGAGCCACAACAGAGCAAGAACUACGAGCUGACCUACAGACCGCUGAGCAUGACCCAGGAGGGAAAGAAACACACGGUACGUAGACUGACGCAUUUUUUUGUUUGACUUGGUGAAUCAGUACCCUCAUGAGUUCCUCCAAGACUCUAGUAAGCCCCUUGUGAUAUAGCAAAGGGUUAUGUUAAAAGGUGAUGAUCGAAUAGCACUAGAUUAUAAGGGGUCUAAAGAAAGGGGCUUGGCGGUGAUAUUGACUUAGGGUGCGCACUGGUUCCUUCAUUUAAUGUUGUGAUUUACACCAUGAGUGUAAAUUACUAUUUUGCGUCGAUGUCUUCCCUGAUGAAUGUAGUUGUAACAAAUACGAAGGUAUAGAUCUGGGUUCGUUUCCUGUACAGAUAUUUAUUUCUGCCUUUUACAAUUCCGAAAGGGAUACAUGUUCAUGAGUUUUAAAUGAAAGCUUGACGAAAUGUACCCCAUAUAUACCAGCGUUAACAUGCAUCUGUAACGAUAGUAAUACUUGCAAGUGACUACCUUUUAGCGCCGGUUAUAUCAUCGUCAUAUCAACAACGAUGAAAAGAACCUUGUUGAGGGAAGUUUGUUUUGAUAGCGCACCGCCAGACCACAAAGCCGCCUGUAUUUUUGCGUAGUCAAGUGCGCGCUAACAGUCAAACAAAAGACAUGGAGCGAGGCUGAAAACGGAGAGUGAGACCUGGAAUAAACGUUUUUUCCUCUCGCCUCACACUCUUCGCGCGUGGAGGCCCUGAUGUUCGCGCCUUGAAAAAGCGAUUUGAAGGUAAAACCGACUGUUUUGCAGCCUAUUACACCGCUAACAUUCAGCAUUUCUGUUUUCUUCAGGGCUCUGUGUUUUUCGCCCUCCCGGAUGGCAAUGGGUUGUUGUACAAUGUGACAGGUAGCGCUGAGGGUCCGAAGCCAGUUAACAAUAUACAAAGAGAGGUGCCUUGCAAAACUUUUUACACUGAAAUGCUGACUGUCACUAACUGGCUACGGCGACCUCAAAGGUUUGCACAGUUCUUUGUAUUUUUCCACCUGCCGUGGGAUUAUGUCUUUGAUUGUGUACUAACAAGCUUGGCCCUAUGGUUGUUAAUAAUUUAAGGUUGUUAUACACUGAGUACAAAGUAGAUUCUGUAGAUGGUGUACAUUCUAUUUAUGUCCACGGAACAACUGGCUUUUACAUUGCGGUCAUCGUUUUUUUUUUGGCCGUGAUAGGUCAUGAACGGUUUCAAAAAUGGACUCGCAUAUGUUAAGUGGAAGUGGUAAAAUUUAGAGGCCGAUGCUUGGUACAUCAUUGCUGGCAACAUCGUGUGGUGGAGCUCGCAACGUAAGCGCAGCAUUGGAGGCAACAUUACCCAUGGCCAAUUAUGGACAUACGUCACGAACAGUUGGUCUAACGUUUUGGUUAGGUUACCAACUAGUCACAUAACUGAGUUAAAUACUGUUCAAUUAAAUAUUGAGACAUUCUGUUGAUACUCGUAUAUUUUUGUAGAUUCCGCGUGAUUAUUGAGAUGUUGAAGCCUGACAAACCUGACAGUGCUACCACACUGAAAGGACUAGACUACAUCGACGUGCCGGGUUUGUCCAAGCGUGAUUACAGGCUGAACUUCUUUGCGCAUAAAGAAGGAACUUUUAGUGCUAAGGUAAGGUCCAUGUGCUUGUGUACUCGAUUGCGUAGUUGUAGUAUGCCCACCCCACCCCCAUCUAUCUUGAUUUCUCUGCGCCAUCUGCACAAACCACUGCCCCUGACUGCUUUCAAGGCGUAGCGGUUUGCUUCUGGUACUAUUAAGUCCCUUUGAUGUGAUUACCCAUUCCAAACGUUCAUAAGUCCAAUUUCUCUCAGUACUGACUGUUUCAACUUACUUUAACCUGCAGGUGAUCUUCCGUAACGAGCACGGUGGGGAAUAUCUAUUUUAUUACGUGACGUUCAAGGCAGUGGCUCCUGGGGUGAUGGCUACUAUUGAUCUGGCCACACCCAUACGAAAAAGUACCUCCCAUGUGGUGACGUUGCACAAUCCUCUCAGUACCCCUGUAACAUUCAACUCUCAGUGCUCCGUAGCAGACAUACAGCUUCCUCCGAGUUUCACUGUGCCUCCUUUAUCCGAGGUUUGUAUCUCAGUCCAUGUUGACGUUUUACUAGUGAGCUUAAGCAAAGACGUUUUUGAGCGAUACACGUCAAACCGGAAGUGGACUUUUUUCGUUCUUAGGCAGUGGUUUUGUCCAAAUUUUCGGGCUAAUCGUCUCUAGAAGAUUAAAGGCACUUAGCAAGACAAGUUUGGUAACGUCAAGACACUUUACAAUGAAAAAGACCUUACUUCCGGUUGACUUGCGUCGCUCAAAAUCGCCUUUGCUCUCUACUAACACUUGUGAUCGACCAGGGAUCGCGGAUGGGAGGUUGACGUACAAAACCCUGUAACAUUACACCGUUAAAUAUCAACAUGUGCCUGUCGGCAUCCCCAUUGUGACUUGCUGAUUCUUUACCAAAUUCUCUUAUUUUCAGGUUUAAUACCUUGCUUUGAAAGUUGAGACUUGUGCAUUUGUUUAUUUCAACUUUAUUUUCUUUGUAUUUGUGUUUGGUUAAUUAUGAUACUGAGUUAAAACUGAGAAAAAUAAGUGUUGAUCCAUUGAUUGAAUUGAUCCAUAACAUAUCCCCCAGUCCCCCAUUUUUCCAAGAGUAAGCUCAAAUCCGCCUGCUUGGAAUUGCCACGGAUAAGAGCACAAUACAGUUCAAACUUAAAACGUCCUGAGGUAAAAGAAAGAAAAAUUGGAUACUUCUUCUGCUACAGCUUAUCAUUUACAGAAUGUUGAGAAGAACUUGAAAUGACCUUGUAGUAUAUCACAGUUGUAUUCUGAACAGACAGUUAGUAUAAAUCGUGAUCAUGACCAUAUCUCAAGUAUUAAUUAGUUUUUAUUCAUAUGCCUUUCAGGGCUCGUGUAUGUUUGAAUAUCUACCCCUGAAGGCCGGUGAAUUGAUUGGCCGACUGUCAUUUAGCAGUUCAGAACUUGGUGUUUACCAGUAUGAUCUAAACCUGACCGCUACCCCUGCUGGCUCGGAGGCUCCUGUUCACUUCCGCACCGCCCUGGGCUCCAGUCAAAGUCAGACUUGUCGUUUUGUGAAUUUUGCCAAGUCUAAAGUCGAGUACAGCUGCAAGGUAAUAACAGUUAAUGUUGUUGUUCGUGAAGCUUUUUGGCUGGUUACUGUCUUUUUUACUCUGAGGAAGUAGCCUGAGAAAGCACGCGACAUACCCCUAGUUUGCCGCGAAAUGAGGUCCGAGGAACGAGCCUUGAAAUUCUAUACUGAUGAGGUGUCACUACCCAGAUCUGGGUAGUGCUUCUGAUUGGUCGUACCGCGAGGGAAAUUUGCUUCAGACAAUCAGUGGCACUCCAGAUCCCAGAUCCCAGAUCUGGGUAGCUAGUGACGCAUCAUCAGUAUCUCAGGCUACUGAGAAAGCAGCUGUUAGAAAGAGCGUAUGCGUUUAUACGUUUACGCGACUCGAGAUAAUGCGUUUGACAUCGAAAGGUUUUUUUCCGUGAAGACUAAAAUACUAUCCUUUCCGUUUGAUUUAAUUUAUCAUUUGACUGUGUCAUUGCUUGAUAGAACUAGUUCCAAAAAGACCCAUUACGUUAGCGAGACUAUUUAAAAUUGUAUUUACUUGUGAUUAUUUUAACCUGAACGUGGCCGUAUCAGGCAAAUUGAUAAUUAUGUGAAUAAAGUUGAAAGAGAUUAGGUAUCAUAUAAGUACUGAGUUUUGCCCUAGUCUUUGCUGCAACUGCGUAUUUUUUUGCAACUCAACUUACAAAUUAAACUGACCGCCUCAACGUUUCAUUUUAGGCGGAUAGUACGGACUUCCACGUGGAAAAGUCAAUCACUGCUGCUUCGGCGUCGAGCGGCGGUACGGAAGUCGGCGUGGAAGUAACGUAUGAACCGUCCCGUCUGGGUGAUACCCGUGGGACGCUAACCGUCUUCUCGGCAGUUGGAGGUGAAUACGUGUUUCCUCUGUUUGGUCACUGUAGCCCCCCUAAGCCUCAAGGACCGUACUCAAUCAAGGCUGGCGCUACUACAUCGAUCCCAUUCAAGAACGUGUUUUCACACACCACUCAGUUCACCUUUUGUGUGGAUAGUCCUUGUUUUAAUGUCAAGGCAAGCGAGAGUAUUCGCGGAAAAAAGAUCCACAAUGUCAUUGUCGGCUUUGAGGGAAACCAUGGUGGUUCCAAGGCCCCGCGCAUGGGAAGACUUAUGGUCACGUGCCCUAGGAGUGCAGGUGGUGCUGGAAAUGUCACGUGGACUUUCUAUUUAAAGGGUGUAACGCCGUGAAUUUGAUAAGUUUGUGUUUUAGUUUGAACUAUGUUGUGUAAAUUGUUUGAAGUCUCUAUCCACAGACUUAUUGUACAAGAAAAAGGUUCGUUUAUUCUUACUUAUUGUAUCCAAACACUUACUUCACGUUAUAUACAACUUAUUCAUAGUCAAUCACCUAGACCUUGUUUGAUAUUGGGCGACCUUGUAGUAAUUUAUAGCCCGGCAUAGCUUUGUAAAUGUGACAUCUGUUUUUAUGUACUCGGCCCCAUACGUAAAAUUUUGUAGCUAUAGAGUGAUGCAGGGUACUUGUUUCUUGAAGAAUAAACUAUAAAUGUUGGAAGCCAAAAAGUUAUUUUUUUCCACAUAUGGGGACCAACUAUUAAAUCAGUGGAUAAAUUAAAAAUCCUUAUUAUUUUGCCGUCAGUCACAUGACGGAGUAACUUGAGCGUUUUGUUGCUGUCCAAGAAAAUUGCAAAUGAUCAUGCCUCAAGAAAUGGGCUACAAAGGUUUUUUGACUGAAUUAUUACCUGUUUUUAAGACAGAUAUUUCAAGAUGUAUUUUCUUUUGUCGCGUAAUUUGUACGUCCGUAGGCACGUACCAUUUUACACGCGUAAAUAGAAUAGAAGCAAUGAAUUAAAGGCCGUGCGUAAAUGUAAAAGUUGAGCGAGGUUCAACAUUUACGCGCGACCUUCCAUACAUUGCUUCUAUUUUAUUUAAUCAUAACUAUAACAAAAUUGUUAAAUCUGAUUGGCUAUCAACUGCCCUGAUUUCAGCCUUAAUUGGACAGUUUAAUAGGACAGUACGCGUCAUGCCUAAGUAAUUGGACAGUACGCGCCAUCA